AUGAGUGUAUCCCCAUUGCCUUACAGCUCUAAAAAUUCGGAAAAGUUAAAGGUGGCAUGCAAAGGGAGAAAGGCAAGGAGCACUUUAUAUCAUGGGUAGGCAAACUAAGGCCCAGGGGCCGGAUCUGACCCAAUCGCCUUCUAAAUCCAACCCGCGUGUUUUUACAUGAAUAGAAUGUGUCCUUUUAUUUAAAAUGCAUCUCUGGGUUAUUUGUGGAGCCUGCCUGGUGUUUUUACAUGAGUAGAAUGUGUGCUUUUCUUUAAAAUGCAUCUCUGGGUUAUUUGUGGGGCAUAGGAAUUUGUUCAUUACCCCCCAAAAAAUCUAGUCUGGCCCCUUACAAGGUCUGAGGGACAGUGGACCUGCUGAAAAAGUUUGCUGACCCCUGCUUUAUACUGUAUAUGCUACUGAGGCCACAGUAAGUGGCAGUCUUUCUUUCAUCACUGGCUGAUUCAACCCCAGCAAAAAGCAUGGCCUGUGCCAGGGAUGGGGGCACUUUUGACCCUCCAGAUAUUGUUGGAUUCCAACUCCCAUCAGCCGCAGCCGACAUGUCAGGGUUGAAGGGAGUUGUAGUUCACCGACAACAGAUUGCCUAUCCCCAAACUAUGGCCAUUUUUAAAAAUAAAUAAUUAUUCAGUUGUAGCCUGAAAAUAAAUAAUUAUUCAGUUGUAGCCUGAAAAUAAAUAAUUAUUCAGUUGUAGAAUCAUCCUCCUACAUAUUUAUUCCCUUCCCCCUUUUUAUUCCUAAUAUUCAAGCAGCAAUUUGUUUAUUACUGUUUACUGAAAACAGCCCUGUAACCAAAUUAAAUGACUGUCUUAAUUUCCAUAUGUGUUCUGCUGAAAUGUAUUUAUGCUCUGAAGGUUUUGACCACACUAAUGUGUGUGUCGUCGUCGUCGUCCCCCCACCACAGAUAGAAAUUAACAUUUACAUAGCCGUAAGCAAGAUAAAUAUUCAUUUUAUUUAUUUCCUUUUCCAUAAGAUUAAACGACAUGUUUCCUUAGCCCUAGAGGUAGCUGUCAGUUGGAAGUGCAAAUUGGAGUGUGCAAAAAUGUUAUGCUCCUCUGCUGAUAAAGCAAGUAAGAGCAAGCUUUUAGUUACAGGUUGACAAAUUUGAUUAAAUUACCCAGUACGAAAAACCAGCAACCCAUCCCUCAUAUUUGUAAUGUUGGAAUAACAACUAAGAAUCCUUACUCUUCCUCUCUACAGGAUUAUGCUGAAAAGGAGAAUACAAUCGCCAAGGCUCUGGAAGACCUUAAAGCCAACUUCUAUUGUGAACUUUGUGAUAAACAAUACUAUAAGCAUCAAGAGUUUGACAAUCACAUCAACUCCUAUGACCACGCUCACAAACAGGUAAGUGCCUGCAUUUUCAUGACUGCCAAAAUGAUGUAAAUAGCAAAGGUAUUUCGCCCCCCGCUGCUGUUUUGUGCUUGAAAAUGAAAGACCUGUGGUUAUAACAAGUGCACACCAUUUUGAAGAAAGAGGGUACUAACAGACUGUCACUAUUCGGGGUUGAAUUCUAUCACAUACCAGCAAAGCCUUUCCUCCUCCCAGGAGGGGAGGGGUUGUGAGCGGGAGACGAUUCCCGCGGCAUGCAGGGCGCGCUCCGCCCCCUGCUUCAACUCCAGGGCUGGUGCCACGCCCCUCCCUGGUUGGGCACCCAAUAGGGAAGCUCAGCGGGGCGGGGCUUGCUGCUCCAGCGCAGCCGCACCAGCCAUCCCCACCAUUGCACACACAUUUUCUUUGAGUCAUCUUUCAGAUCGGGGAAACAACAUAUGGCUGGCUAACAUAUCCAAUAGUCUUAGGGAUUGGUUGCAGCAGUGAGGGUAUUGGCGUCGAGCCUUUUGGCUCGGGUGGCGGUUAGGCAUUGGAAUGUGUUGUUGGUGUUUUGGGGGGAAAGGUGUGGCCAUCGCCUUCCCCGACAAUUUUGGGUAUUCCGCUAAAGGAAUCCGGCGGUCGUGGAUCCUGGCUGAUGCCUGUGUGGCGGGGGGCCUUGGCACGACCCUCGGUGACAUCAGGAAGAGAGCCUAUAGUUGGAUUAGCAUCAAAAGGCUUCCCCUACUGGUGGUUAACCCCUCCUCAGACUCACCCCUCUAUGAGUGGGUGGAGUCUAAUGUUCCGUGGUCCAAUGCCUAAGCCAAUACCUUCUCACAUGCUGUAAUCAAUAAAGUUGUGGCCUUUACCUUACCCAUUAACCUUACAUUCUGUGUCCACAUGUCUUUAUUCCCCAAGCGGAGAUCGGGUCCUCGAAUCACAAAUUCAGUCUGCAGAAUUAUAGGACGCAUUUGCACCAUAUAUUUAAAGCACUGUGGCACCACCUUCAACAGUCAUGGCUUCCCACAAGGAAUCCUGGGAAGUGUCAUUUGUUAAAGGCGCUGAGAGUGGUAAACAGAGACCCCUUCAAUUCCGCUUUGCAAAGAACUCUGGGAAUUGUAGCCAUGUGAGGGGAAUAGGGGUCUCUUGACCCCUUAACAAACUGCAGGUCUCCAGAUUUGCAUGGGAGGGGGGAGUCACGACUGUUUAAAGUGGUUUAAUAGUGUUUUAUAUGUAUUGUGUGGAUGUGACCAUAGAGUCUUGAUCAACAAGCCUGCUUCUUGCAAAAGAUCUGACUUUUUGAGAUAAGGAAAGUGACAGGGGAAUUCAUUGGAAAGUGUGGGACAACACCUUUUGACGUUAUCUAAUCACUUGUUGGUGUUCUGCUGUUUUAUUAUAUUUUAUUGUGUUUGGCUACUAUCUUAUAUUUGCCUACCUGGGGGGUCAGCCCCUUGGAAAUCAGCCAGACCUACCUUUGAGUAAACAUGUACACAACUGCACUGUUUUUCCCCCUAUAUUAUUAGGCACUUUAAAAUGUUGCUAAAAGUUGGGAUGGAAAUCGUAAAAUUAAUUACCGUAAUUAAAAUUUAUUUCUCUAUUAUAAAACUUUCCAGUACUGGCGUCUUUGAGAUUCUGAAGGAUGUGCGAAAACUCACAAUUUAAUAAACAAGCAUGACUACUAAUGGUUCCUUCUUUAAUAUUUUAUUCCCUGUUUCUGAUGCACCAGAACCAAAAUAGCUUCAGAAGAUUAGCAAGGGUUUCUUUCACUCUCAGCCCCAUCAAUUAAAAUUUGCCUUCACUGAUUAAUAUUGGACUCCUAACCAAUUAAUCAACUAAAGCGUUAAUGGAUUAAUCUGCUGAUUAAAGCUUGCAAGGCUCCAUAUGAGUGAUUACAUCCUCGGUGCUCUCCUGAUUUGAUUUCUUAUCAAUUACAUCCACAGUAAUUGCGGAUGGCCUGAAUGUACAUGCUUGCCUUGUAUAGACAGCUGUUGUCAUGUUGACCCCAAGAUCGGAGAAUAUAAGACAUAUAAAAUAGUUAAGGUAUUCUUUUUUAGAUGUUUGUGUCUUAUUUGUAUGCAAGCUUUUAAGUUGUGCAAUGACAAAACCAGGCAAAAAAGAAGGUGACUUAUGAGUUUGUGAGGUGUGAGACACCCUAAAUUCCUGGAUCCAAUAAAAGUUAGAAAUUAAUCAAGGUUUGGAGAGUUAAACUAUGCCAAGCACUGAACCCCUGAAUUAAGUUUAUGUUAACAAACCAGGCCAGUCUAGUGAUUGCUAGUUGAGUAUGGGUUAUUAGGGGGACAAAGACUGAUGAGUAAUCAAAAGAUGAGUCAUCAGGACACUCAGUGCCAGACAGCAAUGGGAGGGAUGGAGCCCCUUCUUCUAAGUGGGUUUAGGGGUUUAUGAUUUCAGUUUGGGUGAUGUAGACUGGGGGGGGGAUCCUUUUCAGUCUGUUAGCAGCAACAAGGAAGAAGAAAUGGCGGUCAGGGGCACCAUGUGAUAGCUGACUGUGAUAACCUAAAGAGACAGAGAGCAUGGCUGAUUUCUCUGUUCUGAGUCCCAAGCCUGCUGUGCCAAUGGGAGAAGCAAGAGACCCUAUUGGAAUCUGAAUGCUCUGAACUCUCUCAAUCUAGAUUCAGGCUGUAAAUAUGCAUUAAUAAACCAUAUAUCAUAAAGACACCACAGUCCCCGCUGUGCCUCAUUGUUCCAAAAGAAAACAUGAACCCUGAUAAGCAUGCCUGGUACCCUUGGAAUCUCACACCCCUCGGAGAUUGGGGUGGCGCAUAACAAUACAGUAGUAUCUUGGGUUAUAUACGCUUCAGGUUACAUAUGCUUCAGGUUACAGACUCUGCUAACCCAGAAAUAGUGCUUCAGGUUAAGAACUUUGCUUCAGGAUAAGAACAGAAAUCGUGCUCCAGCGGCGCAGCAGCAGCAGGAAGCCCCAUUAGCUAAAGUGGUGCUUCAGGUUAAGAACAUUUUCAGGUUAAGAACGGACCUCUAGAAUGAAUUAAGUACUUAACCCGAGGUACCACUGUACACUAAAAUUGGUUUCUUCCAAUUGCUACAGGAUGCAAUUCUAAGGACACUUACCUGGGAAUUCUGAGUGCACAUAGUUAAAUGUUUUGGGUUGGGGUUUUUUUAAGUCUAGCUCAUAAUAAUGUUUGACACAUUGCCCUCUAAUGGGAUCACAAGAUCUGAGCUGAGAGUUCAAACUCAUGACACUUCAGUUGAAAACUGAGGAUGGUGAAUAGUGAACGGUUAAACCUCUUUUGGAUGGGACUGCAUUUUCACUAAAGCAGGAGUGGAGUACCUGUGACGCUUCCAUUGUUCCCAUCAUACCCAAACAGUAGCCAUGCAGGCUAGAAGGCUACAUGUGUCUGAAGGAUCAGGUCCACAAUUUGGACGUCUUUACUUUAUAAGAAAAAUGAGAAGCUGUGCUUUCAAACAGCAAGGCUCUCCCUGUAAAAUAUGGUAACUUUUGCUCAUCCACCCCCAGUUCACCAAAAUGCCCCCCCCCCCAUUUUUACUGCAUGUGAAUGGGUCAAUAAAGGGGGGCAUUUUCAUUCUAUUUAAUUUCCUCCAGUACUGUUUUUGUAUUCCAGUGAAAAUGUCUUUUGACCUAACACUAUUUUGUGUGUGUGUGUGUUCUCCCCUUCCCUUUCCAUUUUUUAAUUUGAAGCAGAAGUAAACAUGAAUCUGUUAGCACACAGAUUUAUCUCUCAGCCCUUAAGUGGUUUAUGAUUCACAUAGAAGUGUGGAGAACUGAACAUCUUGCUGGAGACAGAUAAACAGGAUAUUUAAGGGAGGAGAAACGACUAUACCUUAUUUUACCUGUUAGCAUCCUGUAUAAAUAUUUGACAAAAUGGAAUAAAUAGCAAGAAACUAAGGGGCUUGGAUUAAAUAAAACCCAACUGUGAGCAGGAGAAAAUGUUUCUUCCAGCUCUUAUGGAGGUCAUAGUGGAAUAUUUCUUAUAAUGCAGCACUGGAGUGUCCCAAAGGUUGCAUUACAAGUAAAAAAAAAUGUGAAUAAAGAAGACAUAGGUUAUAACAUUUAACUUAGAUAGCCGAUGUGCUGCCCUCCAGAUAUCACAGACUACAACUACUAUCUAAGCAUGGCUAAUAGCCAUGGAUGAUGGGAGUUCUAGUUCAACAGCAUCUGGAUAGCACCACAUGGACUACCUCAGCCUAUAAACUGGUGUGUUAUAAAACCAUAUUGAGAGACAACAGCUCGUGCAAAGCAAAGAACUUCCUUGUAAUUUUGACCGCAAUCAUCUUUCUUCAAGCAGCAGAGCAUCUUUACAUGCUAGAAGCCCAUUAUUUCAAGCUGGGCGUGUGAUGCAAUGAUAAAUAAAGAUUGCAAUUUUUAAAAAUCAGAGGAACAAGAAUGGCUUGAGCAGCUAAAUUUGACUGGACACACCCACCUCAAUGGCGAGGUACUUGCAACCUAGGGGAAGAGCACCAGAAUGUUGUAUUUUGGCUCAAAAUGGGUGCUGAGGGUAGAAGCAGUGUUGAAAUUGGCAAGCAAAAUGCUUCUGUGUGGAAAUUUCUGGAUGCUAUUCUGGACCAAGAUGGAGACAGAAUAAAAUUGCAGAGCUUUGAAAAAUUGAAAAAUAAAGUGCGAGAUUGGCUCCAUUAUUGUCAAAUAAUGGAGGCAUACAAUUUGGACAAAAAAGUUGGUUUCCAGAUGGAAAAAUCAAAAUUGGAAACAGAAUUGUUAGAUUCCAAAAUUAAGAAUCUGUCAAAAAUGUAUAACUUGCUGUUGAAAUGGAACACUCAGGAUGAAACGGUGAAAUCAGUUAUGAUUAAAUGGGCACAAGAUGUUGGACAUAACAUAAUGAUGGCUGACUGGGAACAGUUAUGGACCACAGGUAUGAAAUUUACGGCAUGUAAUGCCCUAAGAGAAAACUUAAUGAAAAUGAUUUAUAGGUGGUACAUGACACCAGUCAAGCUUGCAAAAAUUUACCAUUUGCCCGACAAUAAAUGUUGGAAAUGUAAGGAGACUGAAGGCACAUUCUUUCACCUUUGGUGGACAUGCCCAAGGAUUAAGACAUUCUGGGAGAUGAUUUAUAACGAAAUGAAAAAGGUAUUUAAAUAGACCUUUCUAAAGAAACCAGAGGCUUUUCUCCUGGGCAUGGUCAGCCAAUUGGUGCCAAAGAAGGAUAGAACUUUUUUUAUGUAUGCAACUACAGCAGCAAGAAUACUCAUCGCGAAAUAUUGGAAGACACAAGAUUUACCCACUUGGGAAGAAUGGCAGAUGAAGUUGAUGGACUAUAUGGAACUGGCGGAAAUGACUGGCAGAAUCCGAGACCAGGGAGAAGAGUCGGUGGAAGAAGACGAAAAAAUUUAAAGACCAUUUACAGAAAUACUGUAAAAUUAGUGAAUGUUAGAAAAAUGUUGGAAGGAAGUUAUAUGGCUUUAGUAGAAACGUUAUAAGGAAUUAAGUAUAAAUAGAUUAAUAGAGUAUUAAAGGAAAAAUAAGGUUAGAAUGAGUUAAGAUAAUUAUAGGAUAGAAAACAGAGGAAGAUGGAAAGGAAUUGCUGAAAUAAUUAACAGAAGUGGUAUACAAAAAGGGAGGUGUGAGGAUGUCGUGGAAAUAAGUGAAUGAAAGAUGGGAUAAUGAAAUUGUUUGAUUUAUUGUUUUUGUUUUGUAAUGUUAGUUUAAUGUAUUGCAUUGUAUUGUCUUUUUAGUGUUUAAAUUUUUGGAAAAGUAAUAAAUAUUAUUUUUUUAAAAAAAGGAAAUUUCUGGAUGCUAAAUAUAGCUAGUGGGGCACAAAUUGUGGAGGCCUGGCUUGUUCGUGAAGGCUUUUCUUAGCAAUAACAAUAUUGUUGUGGUUUCCUCACUUCUGCUGAUAUUGUACUUUUCAGAAAUGUGGACAAGCAGUUUUUUUAUUCUACUUACGUCAUUUGAACUGUUGGGUAUUCUGUCCCUUUGUAACAGUAGUUCUUUCUUAUAUCAGUUUUUACAUAACUUUUGUGUCACGGGAAUCUGCCACUGUGACAGUUUUGGAAGUGUAGCUUUUUUUAGAUUACCAAACCUCAAAGGGAUUGUCCUUCCUUCCUACCUUCCUCCCUUCCUUUCCUAGUACAUCCACCACUGUCCUUAUCAGACAUGCUUAGUGAACUGUUGUGGGAUGACUCUUCACCACCAAUCAAUAAAACUUUGGGUGGGGGUUGAGGAAUAUUAUUUGAAAUGCUAUUUGGAUUUGGUGGCCGGUAAAAAAUAUCUUAUUUCCCUAGGCCUUUUAAUCUCUUCCUUCUAUAUAUUUUGUUGUUUUUUUUUAAAAAAGGGUGAUAUUUUUGUAUGUUUUCUUAAAUUACUACAUGCAUUUUUAAUCUGUUUGGAACUGCCCUAAGAACAUGACUUUAGGAUGUGGCAUCUAAAUCUUUCAAAUAAAUAAAACAAAAAAAUCAAUUCUGGACUUAAAUGGAAGAACGGAUUCAUCACCUCUAUACCUUUUGGGGGAGUUUUGGAACGAAGAGUCUUCUGGACAUCUCUGGUACCAGCUUUCCCCCUGUUAUCAUGACCUUAGUUCUUAGAAGUUAAUUGGCAUCAUUCUGCUAUUGAUUGCUUUUCCUAAAUGGCAUCUCAUUAUUUCAAACAAUUAGUUGCAACAGUCAGUUGGUAAAGGCUGCCCCAUCUUUGUCAGAAAAUUGCUGGCUAACACCAGAGCUCAUCAAUGUGGAGCAUUCCAAACACCUAGGGAAGUACGGAGUAUUAUUGUUAAAUCUGUUAGCAAAUCAAGAUAUCUCUUCUUUUAUGUCUCUUUUGUCCUUGUGCACAGUCAGGCAGCUAAUUUGAUGGCAUUUGGGAACUCCUUGACAAAAAGUUUGCUGUCAUCUCUUGAAACUUAGCUCAGUUUCUCUUGUUGCACAAGACCACAUCAGUGGAAAAGCUUCUCCCUAAUCAGAAUGAGGAACUAAUUGUGUUGUUGAUACUAUGGAAAUAACUUUUCUUGUAUACAAUAUCAGACAGUGGUUUCCCUCCUCAUCUUUCUUUGCUCACUGUGACUCCAUGGAAAACAGGUUCUUCUGGUUUUCCUUGGAUAGAAAUGACCAGGAUCUUUGCAAAAAGCUUGUUGUUAUCAUUUGCCUCUGCAUUAUAAAUUAAUUUUAGAAGGAUGUUGUGCAAUUCCAACGCUCAAUCAAUAAUACAAUAUGUAGGCAACUGGCACCAUUUCUGAUAGGUAGACAACAUUCUAGCCAGCCAACAUGCUAUCUAACUAAGACAGCUUGGCAAAAUCCAUCUACUAAGUCUCCUCAAGUUUUGUUUAAGCCUUAUAACACAGUCCAUCCCAUUCCCCCAAAGCAGUUGCUACUCAUGACAUUUUCUGAAGCAUAAUUCAGAAGCAUAAUUAAGCAACUUUUUUUUUGUAUGAGAUAAUUUUCUGUCUCUCACAGGUAAAACAUCAGACUAUAAACAAUAAAAAUACUGGUACCUUGCUUAUAAAAUAUCUAACUCCCCUUUUAAAGUUGAUUCCUAUCUUCCCAUGGCUAUUUUACAAUGCUAUUAUACAAAUCUAUGAUGGUGCUCCACUUUUGGAAUACUGUGUGACGUACUGGUUAACUCAUCUAAAAAAAUGAAUAUUGUAGAUCUGGAAAAGGUUCAGAAAAGGGCAACCAAAAUGAUUAAAGGGAUGGAGUUAGUCUCCUACGUGGAAAGGUUAUGGUGUUUGUUCACCAUGUUUCUAAAUUUAAAAGCUCAAAGAGGACAAAAUAAAAGUACAUAAGUUUGUGCCUGCUUGGAGAAAGUGGGUAGAGAAAUGUUUUUCUCCCUUUCUUAUAUUACCAGAAUCCAGAGCUAUCCAAUGGAGCCAAAAGUUAGUAUCAGGACAUGCAAAGGAAAGUGCUUCUUGACAUAGGGCACAAACCAAGGAAUGCCCUCCUGCAAGUUGUGGGGGUUGGCUUAAAAAGAGAAUUUGACAAAUACUUGGAGAUUAAGACUAUCAACAACUUCUAGCUACAGUGGUUAUGUUUGACCUCCACUGUCUGAAAGCCAGUGGCUGAGAAUUGCAAGGUGGGAGGGUCCUGUUGUACCCAGGUACAGCUUGUGGGCUUCCCCUUGUUUGUGUUAAAACAAGAUGCUGGACUAGAUGGAUCUUUGGCCUGCUCUAGCCUGACUCUUCUUACAAUGGUCUGAAAACCUAGACAAUAAAUAUCCUCAAGUCCUACUGCUUUUACUGUCCAUUUUAAACGCAGUACUGUUUGUUUCGUGAUUUUGUUUCAACACAGCAUUGUCAGCAUUAAUUGCUGAAAUUACAAUCAUGCAACCUGCUGUCAUUUUCUGCCUGUUUAUUACCUACAUAAAUCGUGCCAAUCACAAGGGGGAUGAAUAGAGCUGCGUCAAGAGGCUUCUUUAGCUUUCCCUCCCACACCGUCUUAAAACUGCUGACAUUUGCAUUCCCUUGAGUAAGGUAAGAUUGCCAAAGCAACAGGACAGCGCUAGACCUUGAAGAAGGUGAAGAAACAGAAAUUCCACUUAACUUACAACUCUGCUGAAAUCCAGAAAAUGUGACUAGAACACUAAGUCUGAAAGGAAAUCCAUGAUAAUGGUGGUGAAGACACAGUAAUUGUUGAGACAGUGGACUGAAGGAGGCAUUUUUUAAAACAAAUCAGCUGCACAGGAGUAAAUGAGAUUGAACUGAAUUAUAGCUCUUGAGAGACAGGAUUUGGAGCUCAUAGGAAAGCCUUUGAUGUUAUUCAGUGACACCAUAUGACAUCAUACACUGAAAAAGAAAAGAAAGCAAUUGAUGACAGCAACUUCCAGCAGGCAGGGAAAAUCAAAGAAUGGUCCUAUCUGCACAUUGGUCCAAGAAGUUUGGAUUAGAUGAGUCAACUCCCCAUAUGCUUUCCUAAUACAUAAGGAAGAAUGCUACAUCAUGAUGUAAUGCCACUUCGUUGGUUAAUGGGUCACAAAUUUCAAACAGAAUGUCAUUCGACUACCCUAUGUAGCUGAAGCAGCAAAGUUUGGUGGGGUUUUUUUUCCCAAUUAAAAGGAAAGAAAGAAAGAAAGAAAGAAAGAAAGAAAGAAAGAAAGAAAGAAAGUAGAAGAAACCUCAGCCACCUCAUCUUUUAAUGUCAGCCCACUCACUCCGAUCCAAAAGUUCUUCAGUGUUUUUCCACCAAGAUUAAUCCAAUCACCAGUGGUAUUUUUGUUCCACUCACCACCACUACCACCCAGUACCAAAACUGAAUACUUUGGCCCAAUGAAACUUUGAUCUGGCAGCUGGAAUUGCUGCAGAAGUGCAGGGAGGUAAUGCAUUGAUUUUGUUUCACCUCUGAAAUUUCAGCUCCAACGUACUGCAAGAAGCCUGUGCUUUUGAGAAGAGACAGUUAUCAAUUGUGACCCUGAAUUAGAGCAGGUGGAUCAAUAUUUCAAAAAGCAAGGGACUCUUAGAGGUGUGGUAUCUCAAAUAAGAGACAUCCAUUAUCUUCCCUGGAAGUGGAACAAGUGGAAAUGAGGGGCAUCCAUUACAUUGCAAGUGACUGGAGUAAAAGGAUGCCCUCUUGGAGGCUCUGUUGUGCAUCACUGCCUUUUUCAGCAUCAGUGUUUUAUUGCAGAAUAUCUAAAUCCAGGUGCUCUGUUGAAUAAAUGGUUUUAUUCUUAUAAGAAGAAACACACAGAUAUAUUUAGUUACAGAUAUUUUUCCAUCAAGAAUAUGUGAUGUGAGCCCAGGGGCAAGUUCUUCACCAGACACAUAGCCCAAGAUUAGAUGCUUGGUCCUGAAAUGCACCAAUAAAGAUACUUUGGCUCAGAGGCAUUCAGGUUGUUCUGUGUUCCUGAUUAAUCAUUCAAGUCUCUCAUGGGAAUUUGGGGAUCUCACAGCACAAUGGUUCACGACUGUGGGUGAUCCUCUAAUGAUGAGUCCUGUCAGGACUUCCGGGGUGGCGCCACCGGCAAUGGCGGACUCCCUCUGAAUUGGAGGGACUAGCUCCGCAUGAAACGGGUCUUUCCGCUGUGGCGUAGUGGGGACCCUUCUGGAAAUCACAGGCGGAUGAAGCCUGUGACCGUGGGACUCGGCGGGCACCCUUAGCGCCCCCCAACCCACAAAGGAACCCACAAACGGGCUCCGAAGUGAAGAGGGGGAAGUGGCGCGGUGCUGUGAGUCAAUUGCUUUUUCUGCGGAGCGAAGCCUCAUAGUCGUUGCCGGAGAGCGCUGCCUUUUUCCUGGGACAAUUUGGCAUUUAAAACAACCAACCGUGAGUACUGGAACAUUGACUAUUUGGACUUCAAAUAAGAACUGGCGAAAUAAAAGGAAUUUGGACUUAAAAAUUAACCCUAAUUUGGUACUGAAACGGGAAGGUUUAAACAGGAAGUCACCCUUCCGUUUCCUCGUAGUCAGAACAAAGCAAAGACAACGCAAACUAGAGCCUUAAAAAUCACUUUUAAAGGAUCAACUUUCAUCAUUUAAAAUCGCUGAACCCCCCUUCGGUAGCAGGGGAAGAAGGGGGACCUUUUCUGAGCUGCUUAAACCUGCAGAAGUGAAUCUAAAGCAAAGUAAUUUUCCACCGUCCUGACCCUGGAGCGGGGUGUCAGAAUUGACGUUUGAAGCUCAUUGACCAGAAACAAAUGUCUUUGACAGAUAGUUAAAAGAAGAGAAACAUUGUGACUCCAUUGUUUCCUUCGUCUUUUAAAAGAACAAAUAUGGACAAAAUAUCUUAAAAAAGAAACUUUGUUGCUAUUGUUUUCAAGAAAAAGAACAAUCAGAAGUUUUUCCCCCUAGUGGGGAACUGUGAAAUUGUAACUAAUUCCUGGGAACUUGCAGCUGUCACUGAUUACAACUGUGGGAAAGGAUUUGUGACCUUGUAGGACAAUGUCUUCAGAAGCACUGUUGGGUGCUUUCUGUAAAAUAAAUGCCCUAUUGGAUCAGUUAAGUCAGAAGACGGAUUUCAUGACUAAUGCGGCCAGAACCUUUGAACAGGUAGUGGGAAACUAUAUGGAGCCCACCCAGGAAUCAAAACAGGAGCGUGCCAUGACAGAACAACUGAAAGAAGAGGACCUUGCUGAAUCUUGGGCGCCAGAGACGGAGGGAGCUGCGGCCCAGCAGGAAUAUAAACUCUUGGAUUUGAUAAAUGAACUUGGAAAAAAUCAGACUUGGAAAGAUAAAAUCUGGUUUGGUUUGGAAAUGGGGGGUUGGAUAGACCCCCCUUUACAGGGAGAUUUGGACUUUUCAAGUCUGGAAAGGGGCCGUCAGAUGUUUGGAGCUGUGGGGGCUCUCAAUUUUGAAGGGAAUCUGGAGCAUGCUUGUAAAUACUACAUCGAGCCUAUCCUGGACUAUGGAAAAGGGAUCGUCUUGCUGAAAAGGGUCAAAAACACUACCAAGCUGGAGUUCCCACGAAUAAAAGGGAAAUAUAAAGAAGAGUUACGAAAGGGACAUGGAAGAGACUUGAGGGCCUCGGAUAUAAGAUUGCCAGGUUAAUGUGCUAGAUUAAUAGGAUAAAAAGGACUGACAAAACCCGGGACCAGGAGGAAGGGACGUUGGAUGAAGACUGGAUUGCUUUUUUCUUUUAUUCUUAUCAUUAGGACUGUUAUAUAAAAUUGAUGAAUGUUAGGAAAAUGUUGAAAUGAAACUAUUUGGCUCUUAUAAAAUGUCUAAAGAACUAGGUAAGAAUGUUAUGGUUUAGGAGAAGUUGGUAAAAAUUAAGAUUUAAGUUUUAAACUUUAAGGUUUUCUAUAAGAUAAGAUGAAAAUAGAUCAAGGUAAUGUGAUGACAGAAUACUAUGAAUUAUGGAAAGGAUUUGCUGUGAUUAUUAUAAAACAGGAUACAGGAAAAGGGAGGAGGAGGAGGUCAAGGAAAGAAGGUAUUGAAAGUGGAGAAUUGGAGAAUGAUGGUUUUAUUUUUUUUAGUUUUAGUUUUAUUUUUCUGUCUUGUUUUUUCUUUUGUGUAAUUUUUUUAAAAAACUCUUUUUUCAAUAAAUAGCUUUUUUAAAAAAAAAAAGAUGAGUCCUGUCAGUGUAUGGAUUUCUGCUUGCAGAAUGGGACUUCCCCUCUCUCCUUCCCCCACGUGUACUCCACACACUCUCCAAAUCUACUCCAGAGGGUUGGGGACAACCUCUAUGACAGAUUUGGUAAACAUGGGUAGAGGAGGGGGGACAUUCUGUUGCACAAGCAGAAACUUCUGCUGACAGAACAUUCUUCUUAGUGCUGUAUUGGAUUCUCUCCUUUUUCUUUCAGCCAUUCUAUCCUGGACCUAUGUUUUAGGCAUUGCUAUUUGGGUAUUAUUUUACAGAGUAGCUGCAUUGGUCUCUUUGAGUAUUGAGUAUUGUGAAACCUACAUUCAUUUAUUACUUCUUUCCCAGCCACCCAUCCUCCUUCUGAGGAGCACAACGAUAAGGUCAAUCCCUCAGUCUGCAUUCCCCACACCCUCAUAAAAAUAUUGUGAGAUACAGUGGCAGGCCCAAACAUUUAGGUACCUUCUUAAAUGAGUGAAACUUGACAUUGGGUCUCAUCGAUCUUCCUGGUCUGUCUCAAGGUGAACAUCCUGAAACAGUAUAGUGGUGAAGGGAGCAUUCAUCCAACUGAUGCGCCAAGACUGGCCAGUGUGAGGUCAUGGAGAAAGGACCUCUCUUGGGCAAUGGCAAACCAUGUGUUCCUCAGAGGCUUGAAGAGCGUGGUUGCCAUUAGCUUCCUCAACUCUUAUACAGGGUCUUGUUCAGGUGAAGCAGAGGACAGACUGUGCCUAAUUUGAUCCAUGUUGCCCAACAAGGAUGACAAUAGGAUGUAAGGUUUCUGCUUAGAAGUGGUACCCACACUGCUAGGGGAGGCAGGCAUUAGGGGUGGCAGGGAAUUCUGCUCUAAGUGGACAUGGAAGCAGAAAUUUCUGCAGCUUGCACGUUGGUUUGAGGUCAGGAACAGAAAUCAGGUAAACAGAUAUAAUUAGUGUUCUUUGUAGCUGCUGUUUUUCAUCCACAAAAGAUAUGUAAAUAAUGGCAUUCCCUUGCCUCAUUUUUCCGAUGUUUUCUUCGCAUUGAAAUAAUGUAAUUAAUGACAUACAGUGGUACCAUGGGUUAAGAACUUAAUUCGUUCUGGAGGUUCGUUCUUAACCUGAAACUGUUCUUAACCUGAGGUACCAUUUCAACUAAUGGGGCCUCCCGCUGCUGCUGCACCACCACCAUGUGAUUUCUGUUCUCAUCCUGAAGCAAAGUUCUUAACCAGAGGUACUAUUUCUGGGUUAGUGUCUGUAACCUGAAGCGCCUGUAGCCCGAGGUACCACUGUAAUUAAUUGCAUUGAAUUCAGUGAGAGCUGACAAGGAGACAAAUCAUCUAGAUUUAUGUGGAAGCCAAAGUGCAGCAGAACAGAAACAGCUCUGAUUGCGAUGAAUACACGUUGGAAUGGAGAUAACUGCCUUCUUACAUCCCUAGAAGGCAUAGACCAGGUGAUGCCUGUUGCAGGUUUGCAGUUGCAUUAUUAAUAAUGCAUCCCACAUACAUUUGCCUCGUGUCUUUUGCCUUUGUCCCUCAUGCUGAAUAGUCUGAUUAUGUUUUAGACACUAUUAUAUUAGGAUGACACAAUCCCAAGGGCUGGGCCAGAGCACUAAGCAUACGUUCUGUGCCUGCUGAGUUCUGAUUAAAAUUCACAAGGCUGCUUGAGGACCACAGCCAUUACCAAGAAUCUUCAAACUCCUUAUCGAGAAAAAUACAGCUUGGGGGUUGCAACAGUGGGCUCUGAAUUUUGAUUCCUUUGGAAUGUAGAAGCUUGAACUUUCUACUUACACUUCGGCCUGCGAGAAAUCCUGUACGGAGUCCUGCAACCUCUUUGCACAUGAAUAAUAGAAGCUGACAUAGCUUCCUGCCUCUAUUAUCUUUGCCUUUCUUCUGCCUCUGUGUUACACCAUCCCUUUGUUCUCUCAGCCUCAAUUAGAUCUGACCGGGCCUCCUAGGCACCUCUGCAUUACAAAUAAUGAAUAAUAAAGAAUAAUAUUAAUUCCAGGUCAUUAAUGAUUAAUGCUGCUACAUUAAAAUGCCCAGCGGCUGUGCAACGGCCAGCCUGAGUCAUCUCUGAGCGUAUGCUGGCAAACGGCUCUUCUGAAAUGUUGGUAUUGCAAAUAUAAGCCAGCACUGUCGACCACUGCAAUCCCACAGGAUGUAUUGACAUGAGAAGCAGUGGAAUGAAGGAAAUUAGCCUGAACAGAAUUUCCAGCUCCUAUUUUAAAAGCGAUUAGCUAUUAGUCCUUCUUUUUGACUAAUGCUUGGUGUUGCCUAUGAAUGACAAUCAACAUACUUGCAGCCCAAUCAAGUGAUUCAGCGCAGACACAGGAGCUUUCUACGUAUGCAAGCACUCCGCUCCGUACAAUGCUUUCCCUCAUUCACUUCAAUGGAUAUGCGAACUCCAAACGCACAAAGGGACAAUGGAUUAGGUGAAUCUGUCCACACCAGAUUAGGUGAAUUAGUGAACCACUUGCAAUUGUGGUUCAGGGAACAUAAACUAUACCAGGCUUCCUCAACCUCAGCCCUCCAGAUGUUUUUGGCCUACAACUCCCAUGAUCCCUAGCUAGCAGGACCAGUGGUCAUAGAUGAUGAGAAUUGUAGUCUCAAAACGUCUGGAGGGCCAAGGUUGAGGAAGCCUGCACUAUACACUUUGUGAGAAUGCAUAAAUCUCCCAUGGUGCUUUUCUCAUCAACUGAAGGCCCUUGUUAGGAUUUUCAUUUCAAAAACAGAAGUACUGCCCCUUGCAGUUUUAGAGAUGGAAAUACGAUAGUAAAAUUUGCUGAAGAAUCAGAAGCAACAGCUAUUGAUUGAUGGGUUGAUUUGCAAGCAUGUCUACCCCUCUCUUCAACUCUAAUGGAGCAGCUAAAAUCAAAAGCAGCAAUUGAAAACAACAAUCAUUUCAUUAAAACAAUAAAACAGCAUCACAGAGCAAUAGCGAGAAUAGCAAUGUUUACUCUUUUUUCACCAGACUUUUUUCACGGUUGGCAUAAGUUUUCCAUACAUCGGCAUGUUUUAAGCCAGGGUUAAUCCUGAAGCUCACUUUUCCAGGGAGAGGGUAGUCAGGUCUAGAACAUGUGACAAAUAUCAUAACAACAAAGGGCCAGAAGAUGAGCUCCAUCCCACCGCAAAGUCUUACUAAGCGUAGACUAAUUUAAGUCAAUGGACUUUGGUGGUUGUGGCCAGUGCUGCCUGUGAGUAAAUGAAAUGGAUUUCUACUAGCGCAAUGGGACUUUACCUCCUUCAACAUCCUGUGCACCUUCAUAAACUGCUCCAGAGGGUUCUGUGACCCUCUCGAACUGAUUUGUAGGUGUGGGCUUCAGGAGAGAGAAGAGGAAGGCGAAAUGCCAUUGUAGAACUGGAAGCUCACUCAUACAACUUUAGAUUCCACCCAUUGAUUUCAGUGGGUCUACUCUGAAUAUGACUUAGAUACAACCCUUUUUUAUACUUUGUGUUUUAGCCAAGUCUCAUUCCUAAAGCAGUAUGUAGUUAAAAUCCAUUAUAAGGUACAAUAUUGUAGAGACGUGGAUGUGUUUAUGAUCACUGGUUGUUGACGUCCCAGUUUCUUCUUCUUCUUCCAUUCAUAUAAAGGGCUAGAGAGAGCUGCAGAUAGGCUCUGGGGCUAGCUCAGAACUUGCAAACCCAGAGAAGAAGCUUUCCAUUUGUGGGUCAUACCAUUCUCUUGAUUAUCUUUAUGAUUUUUUUUUCUCUUCCAAUUUUGCCUCCAUGAUUCAACAAGCUUCCUUGCAAAUCACACCUGGAAUUUGAUGUGCCACAGGAAUGUGAUUAGACUUUUGCUUGAAGUGAAAGUGUGGGCCAAUUUAGAGUCUAAUUUGUGUUCCCAAAAUCUAUCCAUGGAGUUUUGAGUGAGGCUGAAUGAGUUCUGAUAAGACUAGCAGAAGUUGCCUGUGAUUUAUUUGGACCUCUCUUGAGUGCCACUGAAUUCCGUGUAAGGCAAAAUUGGAGUCGUAAGCCUGACAGAUCCUGCCUGGGCAAAACAACUUAAGAUCUAAGGGGAAGUCUGAAGAAUUUCAACCGUCAUGUGAUCCUUGGAUGAAGGGUGGUAUAGAAAUUUAUUAAAUAAUAAUAAUAAGUCUAGCAACAUUUAUCAAAGAGAUUUUGCACAUUCUUAAAAACAAAACAAAAAAGGGGGAAAAUGCCUUUGAAAGUCACAGAUUAGUGUUUUUUGUUAGCUUACAUUCUUACCUGAGCAGUAGAGUAAGAUGAACUUCUUCGUUUAGGAUGCAAGAACAAACUUUAUUAGUAAACUCACUUAAAGUUUCCUGUAUUUUCAAAUGAGAUAUCGAGAUCAUACAGUACAUUUGCUACAGUGCAGCAUAAGGCUCGUAUCUGUUAUAUGGCAUUAUGUUCUCAGGAUGACUAAAUGACACAAAGGAUGCUUUGUGUUAAUAAUUUACUGAACACAUACAAACGUUGGAAGGAGUUUAAGGCAAAGAUGACAUGGUAAGGGAGAAAAGAUCUGGACCAUUUCGAGUGGGAAGAAAACUGCUGCUCCUACUGUUACAAAGUGAACAGAUUUUGAAGUCAGCAAUUUGGAUCAAUUUUGUAUUGUGUGCGUGUGUUUUGUAGGAGAAACAGUAGAAAUAUAAAAUAAUGGUUGUCUUUGUGAGCAGGCGGCUCUGAUGAUGUCUGCAAUGAAAACUGUGCAGUGCACUGCUGAGAAACCCAUUUCAUUCCCCCAUUCUAAGUGCUAUCACAGACAAUAAAAUUGCCUGAAAUAUGAAGUAAUGGCUGCAUGUUGCUUAAUGUGACAGGGGGUAUGAGAGGUUUUGGCCUUUAGUAUGCUUUAAUGGGGUGCUUUAGAAAGUAACUAUGCAGCAAGUGACACAUCUAUUUAUUAAACACAAUUGCCCCCAAACAAAUUCGUCACAUUUUUCCUCUCAAGAGAAUGCAUUAUGAGUUAGCUUAAUUGUGCAGGCUUUUCUCUCAUUCUGACACCUUGACAGCCCUUGUCAGCUUUUAAGAGUUGGCCACUUCAGAGUGUCAUACCUCUGUUCUGGGUGUUGCCAUUCCUCUUCUGUGAGCAAAUAUGACUCAGGACUGCUUUACACGUAGCUUAAAGGCAGAACCCAACCCAUCUUCAGUCAGUCAAAUCUUAUCAAAUGUCCAUGUAUUUGAGGGCAGCAUUGUAGUGCAAGGUGGAGAACGUCAGACUAGGAUGGAGAACCUCUGGAGCAUUUCUAUUUGGCUCUUGGAACUCACAGGCCCCUGGUCUCCCCAGGCCAUACAAUUCUCUAGUCCUAUUCUACCCUGUCCCCAGGUAUUUUUGUCUGGCUGGGAUGUGUCCUUGCACUAUGACAAAGCCUCUUGCCUCUAUGGACAGAGAGCUGAAUGAGUGUCUGUAGAACCCUCUGGCUACUACUGCAUGGCUGAAAUCUAGCAUAUGUACAAAGAUCCAGAGGCAGCCCACCCAUGAGGAUGGAAGUGCAAGAGGAGGCGCCCAGCCUGCCCCACCACUUCUGCCGCCACCGGAACACCCUUCUCUUGCUGGCAACAAGGAGGCGUUCUGGAGUGCAGUGUUGCUGCUUAUCUUUCCCACCCCUGGGGUAGGAAAGACGAGCGGCAAUGCCUUGCAGAACACCCUGGUUCUUGCUGAGUUUGGUGAGAGGGGGAUGCUCUGGUGCCAGUGGAAGUGAGGGGCUGGACGACAGGAGGGCAUGGGAUGGCUCAUUCCCAUUUCACUACAGGUUCCAUAAGGGAAUGUGGUUUGAAAAGUGUUCCUACCUCUGUCCUGGUGAAAGACUCCACCCUCUGAUUUGUACCACAUUAGUGCAAUGCAGAGCUUUACUUCCAGAGAUAACAGCAGCGUGCUGGGAACCCAGGAUUUUCACCAGGAUUAUACUCCUAACAUGCCAUGGUUCCAUGAAAACUCCCUCUAUUUCUUGCUAUUACUGAUAAAGGUGUGUUUAGCACUAGGGUAGCCAACAUAGUGUUCUCCAGAUAUUGUUGGACUUUAACCCCCAUCAGCCCUAAAGAGCAUGGGAUGAGUUGUAGUCCAACAUCAUCUGAAGGAUGCUACAUUGGCUACCUCUGGUUUAGUGUUAUGUCUAGUCCAGCCCUUGGCCAAAAGAUGAAAACCUUGAGUAGCUGGAGGAAAUAUGAGGGUUUGUCUAUAAUGAUACUUUUUUCUGGCUCUUUUCAAUUGGCCCUCCUUCACAGGUUUUGUUUCAUUUUUUAAUAAUAAUAAUAAUAAUAAUAAUAAACUUUAUGAUGAUGGUGAUGAUGGUCAUUCUUCAUACAGUAUGGUUACUGACAUAAGCACAUACAAAUGCAGUAAGACUAAAGAAUGUAACCAAUAAAAACAAAAACCAGAAAUCAAAAUGAGAAUACAGAGGGGAGGGGGGAACCAGGAGAGAGCUGAGAACGCAAUGCCGCAUACAAUGAUCACAUAUAAAAAGAAAAAGGCGAGUCAAAUUAGUUCUUGAUAAAGCCUCUCCACAUAUUUAUCUGUGGAGCAGGGGCUUUAGUGGGCUGUGCAGAUGAGUUUUUCCCAGUCGGAUUUGUGCAUUUCAUUUGUAAAGUGGGAAUAGGCGAUUUAUUUAUUUAAAGCCUCCCUUUCCUUCAAGGAUCUCCAGAUAGCAUGCACUGCCUUCCCCACCUCAUUUUGCCCUCUCACCAUCCUGUGAGCCAGGUUGGUUUCAGAGUUCUGACGGGCCCAGCAUCACCCAGCCAGCCAGCUUCAUGGUCGGGCAUUCUCACCACCAUACAACGGGUUCUGUCCCUGUUGUUUGUUUUGCAUACGACGAGAGGGGGGAAAGUUUCAAGGACUUCAGUUCAUGCCUUUGCCCCUCACUAAUGAAAACAGACUUGCCUGGUAGUUCUCUCUGGGUACCACGCCACUAAGUGUGCUUUGAUUUUGCCAGCUGAGCAGGCUUAGGGGGAAACUCACAGUGGAAAGAGAUGUCCUUUUAACUCUUUACACUGCAAAAAGCGCUCACCCUUGGGAAGGGGCGGCUCUUCGUUACUGCCCUCCCCCUGCGAGCGAGUAUUGAAGCAAUGUGUCACUGUGCUGCGGCCCCUGCCAUUUCUGAAGACAUAAAACCAAGCCCCUGAUGGCUUGUGAUAAUUAAACUCCCAUAACACUUUUCUUAAGAGCAGGAGUGUCAACCCUCACACUCUUGCCAAAUUCCAAGUCAGGUAAUUAAACACCCUCUCUAUUAAUUUCCCCCCUGUGGUGCCAACUGAUUGCACUGUCCUCUUUUUUUCUGCUUCCCUUUUCUAAACUGUGCAGUGUGUCAAAUUGGGAUGCAGUAGAAAAGCAAUUACCCUUUUCCUCCCCUUGUAAUGGCUACCUUUCAUUGGCAAACACAUACCUGGCAUCUCCUUUAUAUGGAGCACCUGAGAGGGUGUAAAAUGUAUUGUUUAAGCCCUAGUAUUAAGUACUCUGAGAUUUGUUUAUUUAUUCAAAGUUCAUGAUAUCGCUGCUUUCCUGGUUUAACAGUAUUAAAGCCCUGACCAUUUGGUGAAAUGCCACUCCCACUGAACUUCAUCAGUAACAAAACUUUGGGCAGUAUUUUGCCUUUCCAGAAUGCUAUAGAAUGUAGAUAAUUCGUCUUUGGUUGCUGAAAUUUCCAGAGAAACAUUGUGAAUAUCUGAAAACAGACGUAUAUUUACCCAUUUCAGAGAACAAACAUCAGGGGAUUCUGUCAAGGUGGCUGCCCGUAUUUGCUGUUGUAGCUAUGCUUUUGGACCUUCCCCAAAUUCAGCUGACUAAAUGCUGAUAUUCACCAAAAUUUGGAAUUUAGGAUUUAACUCCAACAUUUACUGCGGUGCAAUUUUCUAGGUUCAGCCUAUCUCCAGUCUGCAUCCAUUUCAUAUGUCUUUGCUCAUAGGACACUUCCACCCAAACACACAGAGAGACACACAGACAUCUUAUUAAGCAUUUCCCCCCCACACACACACAAAAUAUGCAUUUUUCCUACACAUUUACCGCAGGAUACACAUUUUAUACGCAUUUUCACAUUUUAAAUACACAUUGAAACAUGGAUUAUUGUAUGUAUUUUGGUAUAUUUCUGAGUCAAGAAAUGUAUUACUAAAUUCAGAAAAGUGGGAAAAUGAAGGACACUUGUGUUCCAAUCCACAUAUUAGUCUGAGAAGUACAAAUCAGGCUGGUUCAUUUCAAAUAUGUCAACAGAAUAUUCCUACUUGCAAGUGAGUCCCAGAGAGCUCAAUGGACCUUACUCUCUAGUAGCGUAUUUACACUACGACCUAUAGAAGCAAAUGAUAAGAUUUUUAGUAAUGCUUCAGUAAAUAUUUCUGCUCAUACCCCACCCCCAAAUAGGAUCUUUUGCAUGACAUAAUUGUUCACCAGAUAACAUUCAGUUCAGCCCUCAUCUUUAUCUCCCGUUCACACAGAAUCUCAGCCCCUAACAGUUAAAUGAGUUCAUUGAUGCAACAUAGUUGUGUUGUAUCAAUGAAGAAAAUUAACUGUUAGGGCCUGAUAUUCUGUGCAAAUGGGAGAUAAAGAUUAGAGGGAGAUGGCAAUUUGCUUUCCAUGUGAGAAGAUAGAAUUUAAAGAAUCCCAACUAUGCCUUUCUUUGCAAACAUCACUUUUAUAGAUAGUUGCUUUUAAGCAUGUGUUUGCAUAUAUUAAUUUUGCAACAGAUACUUUAUAUAAUAGCAAAUUGUGGAAUAGCGUUUAGAAUGGUGUUUUUUAUGGGGGGAAAAAGAACGAAUUCCUAUGCCCCACAAAUAACCCAGAGAUGCAUUUUAAAUAAAAGCACACAUUCUACUCAUGUAAAAACACGCUGAUUCCCGGACCGUCCGUGGGCCAGAUUUAGAAGGUGAUUGGGCCAGAUCCAGCCCCUGGGCCUUGGUUUGCCUACCCAUGACUUAGGGCUUAUAGUGGCCUACAGUUAGGAUACUAAGUACAGACUUCUGUUGACCCCAUCUGAAAAGGAGUGACACAGUACUGGAAAAGGUACUGGAGAUAGCAAACAAAAUGACCCUAGGCCCAUGGUCUUCAUAUAAGAGGGGGAAGAGAGAGGGAGGUGGGAAGCACAGUUACACUUGUGGCCAAAACUGUGGAAACCUUUUGGGGAAAGUGUAUUUCCAAGGUUUGAUGGCUCAUAACACCUGAUUGGCUCUCUUAACACUCUUGUUCAUUGGCUACAUUCGAAUGAAGGAAAGUUACUGCAUAGCAACCUAAGCAAGUUGUGCUUCCUUUUUCUGCUUAUUUGGCUAUACCUUUUGAUAAAAUACCGAUAAUUUUUUUAAAAAAUAAUAUUUAUUAAAAUUUCAAAAGAAGAAAAGUCUCAUUAAUAAGAAAAUUAACAAUAAAAAGGAAAAAUACAAAAUACAAAAAAGAAAAAACAGUUAAAAACAAUUCCAUCUUUUCAUCACUUCUUUUACGUUUACUUGUUUCCCAGACCUCCUCAUACCUCCCUCUUUUGUAUUCCAAUUCAAUUUGUUAAUCCAGCAAUUCCUGAUAGAAUACCAAUAAUUGAACAAACUUUGUUGCAUUACAUUUUUCAUUAAAUCAUCUUUCCAUUGAGAUAUAAUUUUAUGUUAUUACUCCAAUAAAAAGUGGUGUUAUGAGCCACUGGUGCAAGUUUCUCCACUGAAGCAUUUCUAGCCAUAUUUCUCCCAACAGUUUAUGCCUCGGCACCAUGAACUUGACUGCAGGGUUAUGCAUACAUGUUGUAGGCAAAAAUAACUGAGGCAGCGAAAAUGUUGGGCUCCGAAUUGCAAAUUGUGGGGGUGGGUGUCAUCUCCUUUGGAGGAACUCUAUGAAUUCUUCAGUAAACUGGAUUAGAUCGUUUUCCUAGUCUGAUGUCCUUUGGGAUCUCCUCACUAAGAAAUCUAGAGAGAUGGGGCCCUGGGAUUAAAUCAGAAAAGGUUUCCUAUAUUAACCAAAGUGUCUCUCCUCACAACUGUAGUUUCCCAGUUCCUGUGUAGACAUUACCAAAGUCUACUUUUUUAAAACUUGUAAACUAUUUAAUGGCAAUGGCGGCGGGGGGCGGGGGGGAAGAGUGCCCCUUCGCAAGCAUUUCUGGAAACCUUAAGGGAGAAAUGAGUCACCCACUACCUUGCAGAGACAAUGUUCCCUGAAUGGGGUAUUAGGUUCAUUUUGCUGACUGUAGCUGCUGCUCCACUGCCUUCUAGCUUCUCAAGGACACGGAAUAGCUCUCAAGCACUUUAUUUUUAAAAGGGAGGGGGAAUAGAGUUUGUUCAAAGCAGCCGAUCUUGUGUUUCUUACAUUUCCUGGCUGAAUCUUCUGCAGUCUUUUUGUCUUGGUGUAAGGUGCCUGUUGUUGUAAUAGAGAUUCCAGUGUGUUCUCUGGCUUUCACCAAUAGCAGGCAACAAUGGUUUUUUACAAAGGGAAUGUAAACUGAUAAACAUAGUUGAGACCUACCUAAGUGCCAGUGUUUUAACAGCAAUAACAAAUGCUAUUGUCCCUCACACUUCCCUGGGAGGCAUAUAGGUCCACUUCCACAUAUAUAUAUUUAAUAAACCUAUUUAGAGACCACCCUCCUACAAAAUACCAAGGCAUUAUACAACUAAUUUUACAAGUACAAUAAAUCAUUAAAUACAAUGAAAACAAUACAAAGCAAUCACAGAAAUGACUGGCUCAUCUCAAAAUAGUUUCAACAACUGAACAGGCCUGGUAGCAUUUUUAAAAAAGUCUUCAAGAUAUGUUGGGAAAUUAGCAGCAAGGAUGCCUGCCAAAUCUCUCCUCCAGAACAUGAGACUGGCAACACUAAAUGCCCGACUUCUAGUAGAUGCAAGUUAGGCUCCUGAAACAAGUGGGGAAACUUGACAGCACUCCUGUGGAUCAUCUCAGCAAUUGAGGUGGGAUUAUAAGGCCUCAGGUGAUCCUCAAGGUAUCCCGAACCCAAGUUGAUCAAAACUUUGCAUAUUAAUACAAGAACCUUCAACCUGACCCAACAGAAAUGCAGAUGUUUUUGCACAGCUGUUACAUGCUGUCAGCCACUUGCCCCAUCAGCACUGCAGCUGCUGUGUUCUGCACUAACUGAAGCUUUUUAGGGAAGUCUGCACAUUAUCACCUGGUUGAGUUUAUUUAGGACAAAAGCUGAAGCAAAUUUGAUGGGUCUUUCUCAAGCAAAGUACCUGAGCUAUUGUGAAACAAACUCUUUAUUAUUAUUAUUAGAUAUGAAACAUUUGUUUGGAAUGUGUGUAUCUUUCCCUCAUCCUUACUUGAAACCUGUCUGCCUUGGCUAAUUAAUCAAUUAAUAUUCUUAAAAGGGAAGGAAAGUAUGUUAGAAGAAUGAUAACCACAAGUUAGUCCUAGGGGUCAGCUAGCAUUUAGCUAGCAAGCGCGGUGGGAUACUUUUAAAAGAUCAAGAUGAUUUCUGAGGCACAUGGACCUCUCUGUGAAGUGGAAUGGACAACAUAUUGUGCUUAACAUCCACAUGCUAAUACAUUUGUCCUUCCUUGCAAACCAUCUGCUUUGGCAUGAAAAUUAUAUAGAUCUGCACUUUAUGAAAUAUUCUUCAUUUUUGAUGUGAAGCAAAGGCCAGCUCUUGGGAAAAGAAGACAGCCAAACUUCUCUGCCCAAGGGGGUUGGGGUGGGUCACACUUGUCUAAGAAACCGUCCUUUUGAAGAUUCAAAUGUCUUCCUUUUUUUUAAAGUGAGGGUCACCUUAAAGAGCAACUAUAAAGCAACAUCAGCAGCCCUAAAUCCUUAAACCUAAGCUGCUUACAUGCCUAUAUCUUCAGAAAUGAGACAGAGGAGACAUAAAGGCUACCCCCAGGUCACAUAUAUCAGUACUGCAAUUAGCCAAGUGGAUUUCCUCCACAAUUCAGUGUGAGAAAGGAAGAUGGAUUUUUAAUCACCAUACUUAACACAGGAGUCACAUAUCGCAUUUUGGCAAAAAUACAGCCGAUUUGAAGUACACUGCCAGUGAGAUGGUGGGUUGUGUGUAGAGACAGGCCAACAUACUGUCCUGUUAACAAUACUCUUUUAAUCAGGCUGCUAAAACAAUGGGAUAGAUAUGGUGGAGAGGAUUCAUUUUCCUCUCUGUAGACCUGGUUCUUGGUAUUCCCAGACAUUAUACAAUAGUCAUCCAUCCACAUGUCAUUAUGCAUAAUGAAUGCAUUUGAUUUCCAAAGAGAUGCUGUGCAGGUAAUAAAAUAAAAUACUUGUCCAUGUUUGGACACAAGUCAAACUGAGUUCAAUGGGUGUGUUUGUGUGUUUUACUCUCAUAUUUUUUUCAAGUAGCAAAUAAUCCAGCACAAAAUUGUCUGUCCUUUUGAUGUAAAAGUGCUUCUCAGCUCAAUCCACUGAGCUCAGGGUAAGUGCACUUAGGAUUACAGUCUAUGUCUGGCAGAAUCUAGUUCAUAAUUAAAGGGGGGAGGGGAGUUGUGGAAAUUGGUAAGAACCAAACAAUGAAAAGAAUGUACAGUGGUACCUUGGUACUCGAAUGGCUUGGCUCCCAAACAAAUUGGCUCCUGAAUGCCACAAACCCGGAAGUAAGUGUUCUGGUUUGCGAACGUUUUUCAGAAGCCAAAUGUCUGACGCAGCUUCCACUGCUUCCAAUUGAGUACAAGAAGCUCCAGCAGCCAAUCGGAAACCACACCUUGGCUUCUGAAUGGUUUUGGGAGUCAAACGGACUCCCGGAAUGGAUUAAGUUCAAGAACCAAGGUACCACUGUACUUCUUUGUGUAAUAGACAACUUAACAAUUUUAUUACACAGAAUGCUUUUUAAAAGGUUCAGCAAAUUCACGGAUGGUGUCAUAACAGCUGAGAAGGAACCUUUAUGUCUAGAGCCAUUAUAUCUCUGAUUACCAGAUAGUGUAGAAUGGCUAUCGCCACCAAGGUCUACAUGAUGAGGCCUCGGAACUGGCUUCUGUUGGAAAUAGAGAAGUAGAUAAUGCAGAUAUUUAGCUAGAUGUUAAGAACUUCAGAUCCUGGAUCAGGGGUAAGAAAAGACCACCAGCCUCAAAAGGGCCUGAUACAGUCAGCAAUCUUCAGCAUAUACUGUAGGAGGCUGACCACUGGAUAACUGUUCUGAUUUAAGCCUGAAGGCAGCUAUAUUAGUCAUUUUGGUGGGUUAAAUAUUGCUUGUGCCAGAAGGUAAUCAUCUAUGUGUCUUGACUGUGCUUGGAAAAAGCUCUCACGUAUUUGCUAUUGGACAAGAUUUGAAAUGGGAGGCCAAUGCGAUACAGAAAUGGAAUUGAAAUGUCAAGUGAAAUUUGAAGUAAAGAGAGAAAAAUGACUCCCAACUUGUCUUUAAUUUUCUUGGUUGAGGAAAGCUCUUCAAGGUGUUACUGCAAAUUUAUCUUUAUAAUUAGAAAGCUUGUUCCGUUUCCUGGAGAAGCCAGUGAGUGCUUUACCACUGACUUCAGUGAAGGCAGACUGGAGCCCCUUAAAAUCAUUAAAAAUAAUUACCCUCCAACUCCAAGGCAAUUGCCACAUGUAGCAAUUUUUACAGAUAAACAAAUGGCCUCAAGUUUUAUGAUCUUUUGAUUAUGAAUUUAAAUAAAUCUGAAAGCUAGGAUGCUAAUUCCAGUUUUACGGUGUUUCCUUUGGCCCUCCCAUCACUAAUAUUUAUGAGGUGCUCUUGGGAUUUUUUGCUGAAGCUAACAAAAAUAUCCUAGAGCUCUGCAAUUUGGCCAGACUGCAGUUAUACACAUUGCUUCUUUUCCAGCUAUCAUGGUGAAAUAUUCAGCAUGCUCUCCUCAGCUAUUUUGUUCACAUGAAAUGGACUCAGCUUUGAUGGACUUUUCAAUAGGAAUUGGGUUGGGUGUAGAGCAGAGCUCAGUCCCAGGUGUUGCGAUGCAAUUUGGCAACCUGGUGCCCUCCAUAUGUUGUUGAAGUCUAACUCAUAUCAACCCCAAACAGCAUAGCUGAUGAUGAGAGGUGAUAAUCAGGUAAGGAAUAGUUGAGGUAAGAUAUAUGAAAGCCAACCUCAAAUCAUUUGAAACCCUUGUACAUAAGCCCAUUAAUUAAAAGCAGGUGGAGACAAGCAAACAGAUUCAAUGUCUACUCAAAGGCACAUGAAUGUAGCACAACAUAGCAGUAAUCAUUUCAGUUUUUUGAAGAAUUACAUGCAUGCAUCUGGCAGCAAGAACAAGGAAAGAACCAAAAAACACAAUAGCCAUGUUUACACAGAGUUCCCCAUUCAACAACAGACAGAUUUGUGGAGAUCUGCUUCCCCAUGUGUAUGCACACUAACUGGAUAAGAGAAUGGCAAAAUGCUUAAAAUAUAGUAGAGUCCUUUUGAUAGUCAUAGUUUGGGAAUACUUUCAAUUAUUCAUUGAGUCAAAUGUUGUGUCAAGGCUGAAAUCCAAUGCAGACUCACAAGAAUGUAAGUUCCUGCUGAACUUGGUGUGAUUUACAUCUGGGUAAACAUAUUAUAUAGGAUUGCAUUGCACUCAUUUUUUAUUCUUUAGCACUACUAUGAUUCUCAAAACCAUUUACUAAUAGUAAACACAGUAUGAUUUGAAUAUUAUUUUGGAAAGGGCAAAUUAGAAAGUUUGCCUUUAAAUGUAAUUUGAAUUUCUUCCCCAUCCUAAUUGUGAUAUAGUUAUUGGCUAAAAGGGAAGCCCAAACAUAUUGAAACAUGUUUUAGUUUAUAGUGCAUUCAGAAAUAUACACAUGAUAAAGUACAAAUUUAAAUAUGCGGUUAAAUAUGUGUUGUUCUGUGGAUUUUUUUAAUAAAAAAAACCUUGCAUUUUUGUGCAAAAAACAGGAGAGAAUAAUUCACUUAUGAAUGAAUAUAUGUGAAAUUGACAAAGAACAGAAGCAGACCAAUCCAGCUAUCCCUAUUUAGCAAUGCUUUUGAUUCUCUUCUAGAUUAGUAUAUGUAUAAUUAGUAUCCAAUGCAAAAUGAAUAUGCUAAAUUAAUUUUGUACCGCAUUCAGUUGUACUCUCAUCAGUUCUAUUGAGGUUCUUGUAUCAUAGCCAUUAUUACAGUAUUUGAGCAUGGCAUUAAAUAAGAUUUCAAUAUGCAAUUUGAACUGAUUAGCUUUAAAAAAUUGAGUUAUGUUAAUCAGCCCAAACUAAUAUGCAGUAUACGAACCCAUGCUUCUUGCUAAUUGCAACAGGAAUACAUUGCUGCAAUGCAAGUAUAGCAGAGAAAUCGCUCAUUGUGAGCUGUGGGUUUAAAAUAACCCAUUAGUUGGAUUAUCCCAUUCCAGAUUUGAUUGCAAUUUUAGCAUAGCAAUAGUAGACAAAGGAAUCAAUUAGCAGAAGAUGUAAACUUAUCUAAAUCAAAAUUGGACUGCACAGAGUUGGUUUAUAUCACUGCUUUGGGCAAGUAUGCAUGGUCUAAAAAUUUUCAUUACAGCUGGCCUCUCGCAACCCCAUUUCCACAUGCCUAUUUUCUUCCUUUAUGCUCAUCCUACCUCAUAGGGCACCUCCAAAUUAUCACUUUAUUGAUCAUUCAUCCCAAUUUGUUUGCAGGGAGGUUAGAGCACAUUGUGUCAAAACUAGUGUUAUCCCACCAUUUCCAGGGUGUUUUCCUGCCAUUUUCUUUAACACAGAGAGUUUUGGGGAAGCAGGUUUUCUUGCACAAAGACCUCCGAAUUAACGAGAAUACCACAACUUGAAUUUGCCAGAAUAUGACUGAAUUCCAGUCAAAAUAGCAACAAUCUGGAAGCAUCCUUACUCUGCAUCCUUUUCCCCAUCCACUUUGCCUCUGGAAGGAGAGUGAUACCCCUUGGCCACCAUUCCACCAAGCCUUUUCUCCUGUCUUAUUUCUGUCCCACUCACUGCCUACAGCUCCAGUCACCAAAACUUGUGAAGUUUCUAUUUCAUCCAGCUGACCAGAUUCCACAUCCAGAUUCAUCCAGAUACCACAUAAAAAAUUCUCUUUUGAUCUUCUUGCUGACACUUUUACUCUGAUACAUUAGAAGGUCACUCAAGAUGCUAAGUGAACAUGUGGAUUGGAUUGAGGCAUGAGAUUGCAUCAACUGUCCAUAGUGGUAGAAUUCCUGCUCCAUGAUUGCAGUCAUGGGUUUUUUGUCUAUCACAUGACGGUGUAUGUUUUGACUCCACAAAGUGGGAAAUGACGGAGACAGGAUGUUUGUGUUACUGAGUUCUGUGAAGUGGGACUAUUGUCCUUUGUUUUUUCUCUUUGCUGUCUGAUGGUAGAGAGAGAGGGAGUCAUGUUGCAGUGCUCCGUGUGUGUUUAUAUGUAAAUAAAGUAGAUUAGCCAAAAUGCUGAGUUGCUGAGGUCUGUUAUGCAAGCUGCGAAGACUCUGUGGAUCCCUAAGUGUGCCGAUGUCUGUUGGCAUCAGUCGCUGUGAUGUUCAGGCAGACGAAAGCUUUUGAAACUCCUGAAUGAUCGACCAGGAGGGAGGGAACAUACCAGUCAGGCAUGUGUCUCUGCCAGGGUCCUACUUGAGCGUAGGAUGAGCUCCUGACACAUAGCCCCAAUCUCCAUCCAUUUGGAUGAUGGUGUGCCUAGAGUCUUGAGCCUGUGUAGGUGUAUUCACAUAGGCUUUGCCUGAGAAAACUGAGGAGCCUGCAAAUGGAAGUAUCAUGAGUUUAACUGAUACAAUGACUUGCACUUGGAUGGUCCAGGCACUUUGUCAAGGUGGAAGUCAGGGGUGGAUUCUGCUAGCACAAUCAUGCCUUUUCAAAUUUUCAGUAUAUGAACAUCUGUCUCUUUUAGCUGCAUAUAACAGAUGGAUCUAACAAGAGAAGUAAGCUUUGAGGAAAACCUUCUAGGUGUAUAUUUUAAAUCUUAACACAAUGGUGUGGGGGGGCAAUCUUAUUAACAAAUAGCUACAGACAUUGGAAGCACACGUUUGAUAUGUCUGAGGAGCUUGCAUAUUCAUUUAAAAUGUUUAUACCUCAUUUUCCCUUAAUGGAACUACAAUUAAAAAAAUUAAUAAAGCAGCAAGCCUGAUGUUUACUGUAUUUUUCCGUGUAUACGACAAGGUUUUUUUGCUUUAAAAAAUUAGUAAAAAAUUGGGGGUCGUCUUGUACAUGGAACUGUCAGGAGUUCAGCCUACACUUGAGCAGGGCCCUGGCAGAGACAUAUGCCCAACUGGCAUGUUCCCUCCCUCCUGGUCGAUCGUUCAGGAACUUCAUAAGCUUUCUUCAGCCCAAACAUCACAGUGACUAAUGCCAACCGACAUAGGCACACUUAGGGAUCCACAGAGUCUUCCUUGGCAUCAUGCUUGGGAGCCUGCUUCCCCGCAGCAGCAGCUGCCACUGAGGGGGAGCAUGUGGUGCCCCAGUCGCUGCCUUUGCUUCUGCACCAUGGUGCACUGCAUGCACCUCAUGCUGGAAGCUUUGAGGGCGAUCGCCCCCAAAAAGAUCAACAACUUUCUGCCACCAAUCAUCCAGAUUUUCACUUCUAUUUUAGGGUUUCGUUUUCUUAAUUUUGGGUUAAAAAAAAAUAGGGGUCAUCUUAUACAUGGGGGCGUCUUAUACAUGGAAAAAUACGGCGGUUCAGGUUGGCCCAAAGUAGCUUAAUUGUUAUUGCUGCCCUCAUUAGAAUAAGCUGCUACUGCUCAUUCUUGCCAGAAGCCUUAUGACCAGGGGUCAGCAACCUUUUUCAGCCAUGAGCCGGUUCACCGUCCCUAAGACCAUGUGGUGGGCCGGACUAUAUUUUUUUUUUGGGGGGGGGAAUGAACAAAUUCCUAUGCCCCACAAAUAACCCAGAGAUGCAUUUUAAAUAAAAGCACACAUCCUACUCAUUUAAAAACACCAGGCAGGCCCCACAAAUAACCCAGAGAUGCAUUUUAAAUAAAAGCACACAUCCUACUCAUGUAAAAACACGCUGAUUCCCAGACUGUCCACGGGCCAGAUUGAGAAGGUGAUUGGGCCGCAUCUGGCCCCCGGGCCUUAGGCUGCCUACCCCUGGUUAUGACCAAUGUCAGCCAAUGACUUCCCUCAGCUCUAUAAGGUCUUUUUGCCUGUCACUGUAUAACUCCUUCCUUCCUUUUUAAAGCUACCCAAAUGCUAUGCUUGGUUGCUGUUGUUUUAGCUUAUAGUGAUGGGGGAGAGGGAUAGAGACAGAGGCCCUCACUCCCCACCCCAUUGGUGGCAAUACUUGUUUUCUUUGCUGCCAGACUUGGACAGGGUGCAAUGAGUCAUCCUAGAUUAAUGUUAAUAAAACUUCAGGACAUCCAGAUUCUGUCAUGAGCUCAAUCUCUAAAUUUGGCUGUUCCUGAGCAGGAAUGGGUUUACUUCAUUAUGCUAUGUCUAGACCUGACUGUUUCAUCACUGGUGUGCCACUGGGGUUUGAAAAAAGAUGCCUCCAGCUCCAGGUGGUGCCACAAAAAUCAGGUGUGUGCCAUUGGUGAUAAAAGAGUGUCAAUAUAAUGGAUUUUUGAAAGGGGGUGAAAAUUCUUUCCCUAUUGUGUGUUCAGAUGUGUAUGUUAUUUAAGGCAGCAGUCUGUAGCUGCUUAAAGGGCUAUUAUGUUAAAAUAAAUCUCAGGGAGAUAAAGUCAUAAGAAGAAAGUAAAAUGUGAAAGGUUAAAGCCAGGUGGGGGAGGCAUGCAAGCAGUCUUUGAAUAGUUUCAGUAGACUCAUUUUACUUUUCUUUCUGCCUCCAAAACAAAUCUGCUGUCUAUGACCUCUUCAUGAGGAAUGCACUCAUGUAUUCAAGAAGCCUACAAAACUCUUGUCAUUUUAGGAUUUAGGAUCAAUUAUUUUUUUUAAUAUUGUGCAUGGUCACAACACAGCAUGCCCUGGAAUUAUCUCCUACAAAAUCUGCUUGAUGCCCCCUGGAAACACAAGAAGUUGCCUUCUAUUAAGCUAGAUCAUUUGCCUGUCUAGCUUGCUCUUGUACCUCUUAUAUCAGGAGUAGCUACCACAAUGCCCUUCAAUUCCCAUCAGUCCCACCUAGCAUGUGCAAUGGUCAGGAAUAAUGAAAGAUGUAAUCCAUCCACAUCUGUAGAGAACUACAUUGGUCUACACCAGUGUUCCCCAACCUUGGGCCUCCAGCUGUUUUUGGACUACAAUUCCCAUCAUCCUUCACCACUGGUCUUGCUAGCGAGGGAUGAUGGGAGUUGUAGUCCAGAAACAGCUGGAGGCCCAAGGUUGGGGAACACUGGUCUACACUGACCGGCAACAGAUUCCUAGUGUUUUAGACACUACCCAGGAGAUGCCACACACCAAACCUGGGACUUUUUGCAUGCAAAGCAAAUGCCCUUCCCCUUAUGCUUCCUUCAAAGACCUUCUCAGAUUCCACCUUUUGUACCUACUCCCUCAAGUUCCCAUGCUCUAAUGAAGAAGUGGCUAACCUCCAGCCAUGGGGCCCAAAGACUCCACUAAUUUUGGCAGCUGUGGAGCAAAGAAAUUAGCACCAGAGUAGAUGGACAUGGUUAAAUCUCUCCAACCAGCCCAGGCCCUGUUGAGAAUACAGUUGUCCCUUUCCUACUUUCCUAUCCCUGAUAGGGAUGCAAAUUGCCUCCUAUCUGCACAGAUCAGCUAAGGAGGAGGAUGACCUGUAUGCCCUCUAUCUGUGUUAGCGUGUGUGAAUGCAAGAGUGUGUGGUGGUUAUACCCACCACUGGUAUAUGGAGUGUUGCCCAAGGGUGAAUACACCAUUUGGGCCAAAACCAAAAAAAUUAAGUUACAGUAGAACAGAAGUGACUGUAACCAGACCUAAGUACUAGGCCAGCCCAAGACAUUUUACUGUCUAGAUCAGCCUUUCUCAACCUGUGGGUCCCCAGAUGUUGUUGAACUACAACUCCCAUCACCCCUAGCUAGCAAGGCCAGAGCUCAGGGAUGAUGGGAGUUGUAGUCCAACAACUUCUGGGGACCCACAGGUUGAGAACCACUGGUCUAGUGGGAAAGAAAAGACAGUGUCCCCUCCAGUGGUGCCAACUUCUCAAGAUGAUUGAGAGGGGCCAACACAAUAUCCUGAUAUCACACAACAACACGAGGAGCCGGGGGUGGAGCCAAAUGCCAUCUAAAUUUUGAGGGGGCCUGACUGGCACCGAUGGUCUCUUCCUACUCCAUGUAAAAAAACCUGACCAAACUGAUAGUUGAAUCUUACUGGUAGUAUGAUUAUCUUAUGCUAUCUUAGGAGGUGCAGGCCAGGCCAUGGAGCACACAUUGCCCUGUCUCCAAUACUGCAUCACUCUUCAUAAUGGCAUGGCUGUCAUUUGAAUAAAAGUUGCUGGCAAUCAGAGUUGGGGGACACAAGGAAAGUGCUCCUGGUGUAGGCCAGUGGCCCAUUGAGUCCAGCAUUCUGUUCUCACAGUGGCCAACCAGAGGCUUAUGGGAAGCCUGAAAGCAGGGUUUGAUCACAAUAACACUCUUCCCAUUUGAUAUUCCCAGAAACUGGCAUCUAGAGGCAUGCCUGUUCUGGCUUCCCAUGGGAAUCUGGUUGGCCUCUGUGAAAACAGCAUGUUGGACAGCAAGCCUUUGACUUGAUCCAACAGGACCCUGAUGUUCUCAUUCUACAUAUAACUGAAAUAAUAGCCCAUCUUCCCCCAUUUACCACCUGCCUUGCUUUCCUCCCUUUCCUCCACAGCUUCCCCUGUUUCAUAUUCUAGAUACGUAAGCCCCUUAAGGCAGGAACUUUUCUUCCUCUGUCAUGAAGGAAUCUAAAAUGCAUUGUGAGUCCCUGUCUAGUCUCCAGGAAUGAAGCUAAUGUGUUUCUCAGUAUCUUUUUUUUAUUAAUGUAUGGGUUUUCCACAUUUUAAUGCCAUUUUAUGCUUUGUUACAUGUCCUUAAACAGCUCUUCCAUUUGCAAGCUAGUAAAAAAGAAGGUAAGAAUGUGAAAGAAGCACUUAAUCCCAAACUUAAACAGGCUGUUUUCUGUGGAUGUAGUCUUAGGCAGACCUAGUCACCGAUUUGUAAGUGUAGUUUGGCAGCGGAAUAUAUAUUUGUGUAUAUGUGCAAAUUUGUAAGAAUUCUGCUUACCUUUAACCAUAACACUGUGUUGCUCAUGGCACCACCCCGCUGCUCCUGGAGACCCAACAGCUGAGUACCACAGCCAGUAGAAGACACAGCAGUCUCUUUCACCAACUGGGGAAUUUUGAAUUUGGUUUGCCUGCAAACUGAUCAAUAGCAGAUGGAUCCAGAGAUUGGCACACUCAGGGAGUGGAGCUACAGAGUUGGCUGAGUCCCUUGGGGACUUCAUUCAGGUCCACUCCCACUUGUCACCUCAGUCAUCAGAUCUUCAACCCACCCACCCUGGAGUUGGGCUAGCCAUCACUGGCGGUAGUGUGCGUUUUGACCUUGUCCACAGAACGGACACUCACUGUUUCCCUGGUGGGCAUUGGUUGAGAACCAUCACUCUCCACCUCCUUCCCGGCAGCUGGACCCACAUAUUCGCCAGCUGAUGGGAAGCUCCCCCCACCCGGUGCAGCCAUGGGGGCAUGACUGCCUAGCCAGAGAGCCAGGUUUUUAAAAAUAGUUUCACCAGUUUAAGUCUGUGGUGUGGAUGUUCCUGAUGUCCCAAUCUGCACAGACAGGAGAAGAAUAUCUUUAAUACCAACCGAGGGGGUUGCAACUGCUACCAUCAAUCCUCAAACAAAAUAAGAGCUGGGUCUUAUGAAAUGGAGCCUCAGUAACCUAGCAUUCUGUAGUAUAGUGCAGGCUAUCAAAUAUUCCAAAGUCUUGUCCAAAAUGCCUAAGUUUCAUUGUUUCUAGCUUGCAACAGAUGGGAAUGUUUUUCGCAAGCUCCACCUGGGGAAUACUUACAGCAGAGGUCAUGAUUAUUUUAACUUCCAAAUCAUUUAUUUGUACCCAUCAAGGGUUCCCUGAAAAGCCACGCAGAGCUACUGAAGUGACAAGUAAUACCCAUUAACCCACGAGUGUAAUAUUUCACUCUGCUCUUUCUCGGCAUCUUUUUAAGGUUUAUGACAGCAUCUGAAGAGACAGAUGGCACGGCGCUAGUAUCACUCAGAAUGAGAAAGGGAGUACACCAAACUACUAAAGGGUGAAUAAAUUAGGUUCAUGCAAAUGUGCUUCACAAAGGCUGCAGUUUAAGGGAAAGGAAAGGAAAGGAAAUGGAGAGGAGAGGAGUGGAGGACUCCUGAACAGCGGUGUGCUUGCUAGGUGCUUGCUAGGGAAGAGCUGUAGACCAGCAUGCAGAAAGCUCCAGGUAUCUCCAGCUAGGUCUGGGAGACCCUCUGCAGAGUCACUGUCUGGUCGGACAAGACUCCGUUUAACAGAUCACUGGUGUGACAACUUGGCACAACACAGGUUCCUAUGUGCCAUUAUAAAUCUAUAUUUCAUUAUAAAUAAUAGACUUAAAUCAGACUUAUGAAGAAUUGUGUAGAUGUGAGUUUGUGGAAGCACAGAGCACAGGAAGUGACAAUGUUAGGCAAAUUAGGACUAUAGUGGAUGGUCAGGAGUGAAAGGUAGAACUCAGAGUGAGUUGCUAAGGAUCUUUCUCUAAACUACAGAAGAAACAAAAUGGUUGUAUUGGUUUGUUUUCCAGCCCCUAAAUUCAACUACCAAAUCAGGCCUUUGCUAAGGCCUUUGAUGGAUAUUAACUCCUAGACUAGCUUUUAAGAUGUAGUCAACUAUGUGAAUGGCUGCCAUUUUUAUUUGUUUGCUGGCUCAUGUUUUCUGAUAUUAUUGUGCAGAAUGAUGCUGUUGUAAUUGUUCUCAAUUUGGUUUUUUGGUGUUUUUUUACCCCACCUGGGAUCACUUGUGAAUAAGACCAGGUUAAAAAUGUUUAAAAUAAAUGAAUAAUACAAAUGAUCAGAUGGAUGAAAGUUGCAAACUCCUUUUGGAAAACACCCUUGUUUAUUUCAACAUAUACCGUAAAAUACUAAGCCUAGUUUUUUUGAGUGCAGAUGUGCCAAAGCAGUUGGAAGUAAUUCUGAGGCAACACAGUGGGGCAAGGACAGGGGCACCAUUGCUAUCCAUAGUGUAAAUAUUUGUUUUGAAGAUUGUCCUUAAUAAAGUUGUGUAGCAUUUGAUUGUCUCAUCUGUCCAUUUUAACCACUAUGGUAGAAUGUAUUUACCUUCCAAGAUUGAAAAUGUAAUUGGUUAGAUUUUUUGGGUUGUUGUUUGGAUUAGGGUCAGAUUGGAAAGGCUGAACUUUGAUUAGCUUAAUAAGCUUGUCUGUAUAACAAAAGAAGACCCCAAUUUUACUGCACCCCCCCAAAAAAAACCCCACAUACAUACAAAGAUCCUCUCUAUAUGUCUGCACCAUCAUAGAGGAAACCUCAAACUGUUUCCAUAGCCACUCCUCAGAUUAGGAAUGGGGAACUAAUUCAAUUCAGUUCACAUUUAAAGGUGAGCUUGCCAAAUUUGCACUUUUGGAAACAAUAUGCAAACCAACUUACAAUGCACACCUCUCUAUCUAUUGCAACACAAUUAUCCAACCAAGUAAUGUGUACAGAGAUGCAUAUACUGGGGUAAAGUGUACAUGCAUUAGUGAAAACAUCACAAAAAUGCAUUACAUUGAGGACAAUUGCUUUGCAAAUAAUGUAUAUUAGGCCAAAUUAUACCCCCCUAAAGUAUCUAUUUACACUAAAAUUCUGAUUAAUUUUCAUAAAAACUUUUUUUAAUAAAAAAAACCCACUAACUGGUGUGGAACAGUAGAGAACUGAACUGAAAAUUUGGAACAACUCAGUUAAAACACUAAAAAAAAAAAGGCUAUAAAAAAACAAUUUAAAAGCAAUUUAAAAGAAGAAGCCCUCUCUGCUGAGCAGCAGCAGCAGUCCUUAUAAAACCUGGCCACACCCUGGACCAGGUGGAUAGAGGCAGUAGCAGGGCCCUCAGGCUCUCAGCAGGGUGGAUGGUGGUUCCUUUGUCCAUCCACCCCUCUAACUCCCAACCGCAGAUCUCAGGUUUCAAAGUGGUAGUUUAAUUUGUGUCUUUGGUCUCUGUUUCAGCUUGGUCUGAGGGAAGUCUGCCUGUUCCUUGCCAGAAUGGAAUCCAUCCCCCUGGGCAUGCAGAAGCAUGCUGCCUUCUCAUCUAUAAUUUUGAAACCUGUGAUUUUAGGAUUUAUAUCAAGAGUUCUUUCUUUUUUAUUUCAAGGCAGCUAGUUCCCUACUUGCUUUAUAUUGAAUGCUUUGGAUAAAUAUCUUAGGGCACUUCUUGGUGAGCACUUCCUUGAACAUUCACCUUGGUUUUGAGGUAGAUUAGAUGACAUUGACUGUUUAAGUGAGCAUUCAUUCCAAAUUGUCUGCAGGGAGGCUAGAUGAUGGUGCAUCAAAACAGGAGUUGCCUAAGCUUUCCAGAACAAUCUUUUUUGGGAAGCAAGUCUGUUGUUCUCCCAAUCAGCUAUAAGCGUGUGACCUGAAUUUGCUGGUAUGUAAUUGAAUUCCACCUAAAAAUAUUGCCAUUAUGGAAGACUUGUAGCUGAGUAACAAGAAGGGCCAGUUCAAGACAUUUGGUGCUUGAGAUGAACCACAAAAAUGUAUCUUCCCUCCUCAUCGAUGCUUUUGGAACUAAACAAUACCCCAUAAAUAAAUUUAGAGAUAGUAGUAUUGGGUCAUUUCCUUAAACAAAACCAUUUUGCUACCAAAGCAAUACACAAGCAAUCAUGAAGGACUAGCAAUUGAACAAAAUGCCAUCAUAGCUAUGCUAAAUUCGGGGGCUACUCUCAGUUUGUAUAAAUGCAUAAAUCAGAGGGUUUAAUGAGAACUGAAAAUAAUGGCUUCUUAAAUAAUUUUGCAGUAUUUUCCUCUCUUUUUGCAUUAAAUGUUUCUCUCCUCCCCCCUUCCCCCUGACCCUGCUUUCAAUUGUUCCUAAUAGAGACUCAAGGAGCUGAAACAGAGGGAGUUUGCCCGAAAUGUAGCUUCCAAAUCAAGAAAAGAUGAAAGGAAGCAAGAAAAAGCCCUUCAACGCUUACACAAGUUAGCUGAACUGAGAAAAGAAGCUGUGUGGUGAGUGAAAAGUUAUUGAAAGGUAAAAAGUACAGGGAAAGGGGGAAGAAUAUUCCAGAUGACAUGAUGUGGCAGAAUGCCCCAUGACUAUUAAGAUCUCAAACCAGAACAAAGUAGCUAUAUAUUUUUGGCACUCUCUGAACUGUAUGUUGCAAUUAGAUGUGGCACCAUGCAAAGAAAUAAAUGUUUUAACAUUACUUUUUCAACAGAGCUAAAAUGACAAGUAUUUGAGUUAAAAACAUGUCCUAUAUAUAUUUAAUAAAUCAGGCUUAGCAGAAGAAAACAUUAGGAAACUAGGUCAGUCAUUUGAAUUUUGACAGGACACCACUGAUGAGGAAAGGAAUACGCUGGCUUGCUGCUAGUCUGCACAAUAUUGCACAACCCAGUUCAAUUCUGUAGUAUUCAUUCUGGAAUUUGGGUCCUAUUCUGCUUUAAGCAGUUUAUUGAUAGCAAAUGUCACAUUGAUCACAAAGGUUGCUGAUUCAGGGGCUUCACUUACCAGCAACUGAGGAAGUGGAAUAAUAGUGCUGUAGCCAAUGCUGCCAUUCUGCUUGUACAAUACAAUUCCAUUUGCACAACAAGACUUCUCUUUCAUUGACUCACCUGCACACAUAAAAACGUAAGCAGAGACCUGCUAGAUCAGGCCCAAGGCCCAUCUAGUCCAGCAUCCUGUUCUCACAGUGGCCAACUAGAUGCCCAUAGCAGGCACCUUCCGGUGCAGGGUUUUGUUUUGAUUUGAUUUGUUAGGAGGUACAGGGACAGGAGAGGAAGAGGAAGUCCCAUUGUGCAAGCAGAUACGAACUUAGCUUCUUCAGAGUCAAAUCACUGGACACGUUAGCCCAAUGUUGUCUACUCUGAUGGACUACAGGUUUACAGAGUCUCUGGCAGAGAUCCAUCCCACCACCUGCUACCUGGUGAUAUUAUCACUGAAUCAUAGAACUGUAGAGUUGUAAGGUAGCCUAAAGGUCAUCAUUCCAACCCGUGCAAUGCAGGAAUCUCAGCUAAAGCAUCCAUGACAGAUGGCCAUCCAACCUCUGCUUAAAAACCUCUAAGGAAGGAGAGUCCACAGCCUCCUGAGGGAGUCUGUCCCACUGUCGAAUAGCUCUUACAGAAAGAGGAGGUUCCAGUGAUUGAGUCAAAUCCUGCAAAGGAAUUUGCCCAUGUAAAAAAAUCUUCAGGGUCCCAGGGGGAAAGUGGGUGCUACAGUGGGAAGUGUUGCGAAUUCUUCACGGCUCUUUAGCAGAAAAGCUCAGAGUUCCAGGUUCUUCAGUGCAGUAUUAUUUAUUGUGAGCUAUAUAGACAAAUGUGGGCUAUGGGUGGCGCUGUGGGUUAAAACACAGAGCCUAGGACUUGCCGAUCAGAACGUCGGUGGUUCGAAUCCCCACGACGGGGUGAGCUCCCGUUGCUCGGUCCCUGCUCCUGCCAACCUAGCAGUUCGAAAGCAUGAAGUGCAAGUAGAUAAAUAGGUACCGCUCCGGCAGGGAGGUAAACGGUGUUUCCGUGUGCUGCUCUGGUUUGCCAGAAGUGGCUUAGUCAUGCUGGCCACAUGACCCGGAAGCUGUAUGCUGGCUCCCUCAGCCAAUAAAGCGAGAUGAGCGCCGCAACCCCAGAGUCGGUCACGACUGGACCUAAUGGUCAGGGGUCCCUUUACCCUUACUAUAUAUACAAAUAUCUACAGAAGCAGUUCAUACAGUCAGACAGAGUACCUGGCUGCACCUUAAGGCAAAUAGGAAGACUCUUUCUCUCUGACCACACUCCUCUACACCACCACCAUUACUGCUGGACAGGUUUCCUUUUUAAACCGAUGACAGCCAAUCAACUGUUAGUACAUUACUGCUGAGUCAUUCUGACCCAGCACCUCCAUAGAAAGUAUUGCAGGCUGAUUGCAUCAGCUAGCAAACUCAAGCCUGCAGACUUACUACCUCACACAGCAUUCUGUGGAUCCCAACAGGAAGAUGCUGAUCACUGUAGACUGAUGGCAGAAUAUCCCUAAUUUUCUCUCCCCCUGCCCAACCCUCAAUCAGUACUGCUGGGAACAUGCAUAGUAACAAGCAGAUGAUCUGGUCCAACAUCGGGGAUGUCACACAUUUUUAUCAUUGGUAGCCUCCCUGCAUCCUUUAUCACUAGUAGCAUUCCAUCUUUCAUCUCAGUUUGCAAACAUCCAUAUUGCUCUCCCAUCUGGGAUUGCAUGAAGCCAUUGUAGACAUUGAAAUAUGUGUAGCAGCAAUAUGAGGAUAUGCUGGGUGGGAAGAACGAAGUCAAACAUUUUACUGCAUUAAGCAACCGCUUCUCAGUGUCACAAACCAUAUAUACUGUGGAAACGGCAAACAGAGGACCCCUUAUGGCUGCUGCUUUAUGUCACACUUUAAAUGUGCAAUUCGUGUUACAACUUUUAUUGAGGUGUGUUCACACAUUCAAACUGCUAAUAGCAUUCACUUCAUCACCACAAAUCAUUGCUCUUAGCACAUUCUAAAUUGAUUGGCUGCCAUUAUGAAGUAUUUUCUUGUUGCGCUGACAGGCAAUUAUGCGUGAUGACUGAAGUCCUAUAUUUUCCUUCAUUUCUGACAUUUUUUAAAACAAUAAACAUGGGUUUUUUAGUGGACUUCUAAGUGGAGAGAUCUGAAUUGUCAUGCAAAACUGCUCAGAGAUUUACUGCAUUGAUAAGAAAGAACAGCUCUCUAAGACCUAACCUAUAACAUACUGUACCUCAUGACCAGGGGGAGCACUGACAAAAAAUAAUCUGAAAGGCUGGAGUACCCAGCAAUGCAUCCUCCGGAUGUUGUCCAGGUGCCAUCAGACCCAGACAGCACAGCCAAUGGUCAAGGAUGAUGGGAGUUGUAGUACUGCAACAUCUGAUUGGAGAUCAUCACAUUGGCUCACCCUGAUUUAAGAGAAAUGUCAUUUGACCACUUUUUCAAAAAUAUAGAUCCGAGAACUGAGAAUUUGGGUUAUCAAGUGUUAGUUGUAAUUCCUAUGAAUUAUAUACCCCCUUUAUACUCUUUUGACAGUUAUCACAUCCAUUUCACAGGUUGGCAACUGACGCUGAGGUAUACUCACAGAUACCCAGCUUGCUGAGCAGGGUCUUGAAUCUAUAUUUCCCAAAACCUUUUCCCAAAUCCUGCCUGCCAGCCUAUACUUCUUAAUGGCAACUUUUGUUUCUCAUCAGAACUGACUAAUAACCCCCUGAAAAUAGUAACGUUUCCUAUUUCCAAUUAAUGGGUGGCAUGACUCACGUCCUUAAGAUAUCCCUUUAAAUCAUCGUCCUCCUCCUCCUUCUCCUCAUCAUCAUCCUUGCCCUAUGGUUGCAUUCAGCACCCCUACUCCCCUCAAUUCUGGAUUUGAAGAAUAACCCAUCAGGGAUAUUUGUAUAUAAAGCAAUUAAUUACAGAAAGGCAAAAUGAGUGACCUUAUAGUCUUCUUCCAGACCCAAGACUCUGCAAUGAAUUGGCUGCAGACCAUGAACAAUUCAAACCAGAAAUAAUUUAAGCCCUCUAGGUUACUGUACAGCUGAAACAGUUUAAAUCCAAAAACUCUGAUUUAGCAUGUUGCCGGUUGGGGUGUGUGUUGUUAUUAUUUUACCCUUACUCCUCAGGCCUUUGUAACCUUUAAAUAACUCACAGCCAGAGGUCCGUAUCCAACUCCUCAUGCUGUGCUAAUGAUCACAUUAUACCUAAUGGUAUAUUUAUUAAUGGCGGUGCUUCGGAGAGAGAGGAGGACAAUAGAUCAGCCUAUGUGUAUACAUAUCUGAAAUUGCAAGCUGGACCCCUGGGGUACUGUAUACAUUUAGAUACAGCUAUAAAUGUUUUAGAAAUACAGCUAAGAGCUCUACAUGCUACAUCAGAGAAAAUGCAAACCUGUCUGGUAUAGGGUAGCUGUGCUCGGAGAGCAACUAUUUAAAAUGACCAUGGGGGGUUCCAUACUUAUCUUCACUCAACAACUCGUGUGUCAAAUAAGAUGUGUUUAAAAGUCAUUCCAAAAUUGCUAGCGCAACACGCAUUCCCAAAAUGUCGUUAAAAACACAGGGGAGGGGGGGUUGCCGAUCAGUGGCAGGGGCCAUGCUUUGCAUACACAAAGCUGCAAGUUCCGUUGUAAGCAUUUCCGAUGAAAUGAUCAAGGAUAGCAAGACUGUCUGAGAGGCCCUGGAGAGCUGCUGUCAGUUGGGCUUUCCACCAAAUUGCACACAAAGUGAAAUUUGAGACAAAUGCGGAAGAUCUUGUUCAGUCAAAAGAUCUGAAGAUGUUUCAAGGGAAGCUAAAAUAAUUCUGGCAGGUGGGAUUUUAUAGAGUAGGGAAAUUAGUGCCCUAUCCUAGGCAUGGUACUUUGGCUCUUUAUAAUAAAGUCCUGUUCCAUAUGAUGUCCAUGUGCCCCUAUUUUCCAGGGACAGUCCCUGAUUUACAGAAGCUGUCCCAGUUUUUGAUUUGAUCCCAGAAUGUCCCUCUUUUCCUAAGGGUGUCCCUAUUUUUGAAAGAGAAAAGUUGGACAGCAUGCUGUACAAAUUCAAGAUUAAAGAGAUUUUGACAUAUAAUUUAUGCCAUGCCCCCCCUACACAUCCAGAAAGGAGACUUGAGGCAUAGAAUAGGUUAAAGGUUCUAUUUCUUAAAAUGUUAACAGAAUGGAGGAUAUGCAUUCCAAGCAAACAAGUCAACCCAAUCAAACAAAUUCAGAUUUAACAGAAAGGUGAGGACUUUGUCAAACUCUGACAGGUAAAUCCUCACCCAGUCUGGACAUGAGCUGCAGCCUUGCACUGUGGCUCCCCAGCUAAGGUCAGUGAAUAAAAGACUCCCUCCUCAUCAGAAAAACCUUGUGUAUGGUCCCCACAAGUGCAUGCAGACUGUGCAGCAUUCACCUGUGUGUGUACUCCAGGCCUCAAGGGACACUCCUCCAAGCCCUCCAGGCACAAUGUAGCAGCUGGUCCCUGAAGGGUGUCCUUAGCCCAAUACUGCUUCCAUAAACCUAGGGUUUGCACCCAGCUUUCUUAUCUACUCAGACUCAAUGCCAUACUGGCAAGCAAGCCAUACCUCUCCCUGAAUGCCAAUCAAAUUUACUCAACAGUGUGAAGUGUGUGGGGGAAGAGAGGCCCUAACAACAACAAAAAUCCUACUCAGCUCUGGGUGAUUAGCCUAUAAUGCCAAUAAAGGGUACCAAUGGGCAAACAGGAGGGGGUCUGAAGGAGGAGCUACCUUAAAAACCCCUUCCAGACCACCUCCUAUUUGCCCACUGAUACCAUGUGACCAAGCCCCUCUCCCCUCCCCAUGGGAGUGGCAGGCCUUGCAUUUCUUUCUUGAAGGGAAGGGUGGGAGCAAACAUGCCUUGCAGAAUUGCCAAACUGAUGUUUACCAAAAUAUACAUGCUUGAGAGACAAUAAAUCCCUGUGUUAUGAUUCACAGCUGCAAUAUGGAUUUUCAUAAAUAUGUGGGAUGGGAUUCGCUUAAGAAACUCCAUCAGGAGAAGCCCUGUGCAAGGACUUCUGCUUGAGACAUGGGGUUCCACCAUCCCUCAAAGAAUGACUUGAUGGGGCAUCAGGAGAACCCACAGAACAAUGGGGAGGAGGGGGAGAUGGGAUUGUUCCAUCUGGCUAGUUGAAAUACUUGCAAAGACAGAACGUUUGCAAGAGAGCAACACUGAAUUCCACCUUUAUUGAUCAGUGGGGAGAGGGGUGCUUACAUGUAAAUUAGGUCUGGUUCAUUCACACAUUCAACUGUAGCAUGUAGGUGUCAUGUUCACUGAGAGAUAGGUAAAAGUCCCAGGUUCACACACAUUCUUUUCACUGAACCUUCACUAAAUGUGAAGUCCCACUCAUGUAAAGUACCGGUUUCCAUUUCCCCAACCACAAUGGACAGAUAGCCUUAAUUUGGUGUACUUGUGUGUAGGGCUCUGUUUGUGCUGAAGGUUCUCCCCACGGUGGUGGAAGACACUCCAGUCCAAGGCUGGCAGGGGGUGGGCCAGUGUGUGUGUGAACCAGACCAAAAGUUGCCAUUACGUUUCUCCUAAAGAAAAAGUCAAGACAAAUUUUGUCAUUCCAGCGUAAUGGUGUGGAAGACCCAUAGAAAACUUCCAGCUGCAAUUCUGUCCUUGUCACUUUCAAAUAAUUGUCUAGUUCAGUGGUAUAGAUGUCUUCCUGACUUCUUUGUAAGAGAAUAAGAACAGAAGGGAGCUGGAGAAUAAAUGACCAGAAAGAGACAUGGUGUCUUUUUCUCCCCCCCACCCUUUGUUCUUUUCUUCUUCUUUUUCUUUUUUGUUUCCAGAGAAUAGAACCGCAUCAGGCCAAAUGAAACCCUUGGCAUCUAACUAUGUGCUCAUUUCCUCCCAGGACACAGAGCUGUUAUAUAAAGUGUGGUUUGCCAUAUUGAAUGAGAAUGGGUGGGAAACCUGGAAAUUGUUUUUGUUUGUUUUGCAUACUUCACAGCAUGGAAGAGUUCUAAGACCUAUCUAUUAAUACAUUUCUUCCAUUUUUUAAAAAAGAGGCAUUGCUUUAACCACAGUGUUAAUUAGAACCAUAGAACUGUAAAGUUGGAAGGGACCCUGAGGAUCAUCUUGUGCAACCCCAUGAAUAGGCAGCUGUCCGAUAUGGGGAUCGAACCUGCAGCCUUGGGGUUAUCAACAGACUCUAAGCAACUGAGCUUAUCUAGUCCAUGCUUUGGCAAAGGGCCCUCUGCCAACUCUAGAGACCACUGCCUGGGUUCAUCCUCCUCCUCCCUCCUGUUGUUGCCUCCCCUCUCCAGCAAGCACUGAAAGAAGGAGAAGUUGCUUUCAAUCUCUCUUUGGGCAGCUGCACAUAGUGAGCCCUAAGAAAGGCAAGCAAAUGGGGGAAGCAGCAAGAAAGCAAAAGAUGGUAGCUCCCACUUAUGACAUCUAGACCAGGUUCCUCCUAGACACUUGAGCAGUGGCGGAGGGAAGGGGGCAGGGGGAGGUCCGUGCCAGGUGCCAUCUCUAAGGGGGUGACAAGAAGGCACCCUGCCACGGGAUUACCGCCCGCCAUCGCGCCACCGUCGCCAUGUGAGAGGGAAACAGCCUGGUGGCACAUGCGCACAUGUCGUGUUUGCGGCUCAUGCUAUGUACUGCGCAUGCGUAGCCGGGUGGUUUGCCCCGCCCCCGACACCCCGCACUGGGUGCCGGUUACCCUUCCUUCACCGCUGCACUUGAGUAGACAUUGAUGGUGCUAUAAACCAAAUGGAAGCCUAUUUUGGCAUUAAGCCAAGGGUAGGCAACCUAAGGCCUGGGGGCUGGAUGCAGCCCAAUCGCCUUCUAAAUCCGGCCCAUGGACGGUCUGGCAAUCAGCAUGUUUUUACAUGAGUAGAAUGUGUUCUUUUAUUUAAAAUGCAUCUCUGGGUUAUUUGGGGGACAUAGGAAUUCGUUCAUUUAUUUUUUUCAAAAUAUAGUCCAGCCCACCACAUGGUCUGAGGGACGGUGGACUGGCCCACAGCUGAAAAAGGUUGCUGACCCCUGAUAAUGAUGGUGGUGAUAUACAACCCUCUGUAGCAAUUGGAACUCACGGGACCUACAGGAGAGUUUUGCAGGCAGCACUUGUGCACAGAAUUGCCUUCAAAUGCAUGCGUAUCUUUUGCCUGUAAAAUGUCAGGAUUGUGCUGUUUUUGGAAAGGUGACAUUGUUACUGCACUGCUAGCUUUGCAUUUCAAAUGCUUCUGAACUGCAUUUACAGAAAGUGUAUUCUUGUUUUCUUUCAGUGCUCCAGGGAGUGGCCCUAUGUUCAGAUCCACGACAGUUACAGUCCGAGAUAAUUGUACCGAAAUCCCUCCACGUGCUCUCAUAGACUCUACUAAAAAGGAGCAAGAAUUCAACUUUGCAUUAUUGCACAGCUCAAAGACAGCUGACAAUGUUACAUCUGUGGCUUCUUCCUCACCUGAUAAUGCAAAUAACAGCAAGCCAGACAUUAACAAGCCUGGGGAUCAAACACAGGGGCUCCAUGGACAUAAAGUGGGGUUCUCUUUUGCAUUUCCUAAGAAAGCAGCAGUCAAGCUGGAAUCAUCGGCUGCUGCCUUCUAUGAAUACAAUGAUGAAACUUCAUCUGAACAUGGGCUUAGCAGAAGAAGCCGGUUUGUUCCUGGACCUUGCAGCCUUCAGGUUUCACUGAAUGAAGAAAUGUCUCUGUGUUCUGAGGAGAAACCUAAUUCUAUUGUUCCACUAAUGGAAAAACAUGCUGAUGAAUCUCUCCAAGUACAGGAACUACCAGAUGAACUACCCAGUGAAGGAAACAUGAUAAAGGACGUCAUGGAAUUAAGAUCUCCUGCUUCUCAUUUGAAAGAACCUGGGCUUGGCGAUUCAGAGGGCUUUUCUGUUAAUGUAGAUUCAGCUGCCUCACCAGAUGAAACAUCAUCCAAAGUUGCCCUUGGGAACAAAGCCCUCCCUGCAGAAAGUAAUAGUGAUGAGCCCAAUGGAAAUAAAUGCACAGGUCUCCCUGUGAAUGAAAACUGUUUAUCACAGCAGGAUAUCCAGGAAAAAAAUGAUCAGAAUCUGAGCAGCGAUUCACCAGCCGCUGAAGUUGAAAUUAAAAAAUGCUCAUCGGAUGGACUGAUGCCAGCAAAUUCUGAGGGGGAAACAGUAGCUUUUCCUUGUAAACAAAAUUCACAAAAGAGACCUUGUGAGCCAUUUGUUCCUGUGCUUAACAAACAUGGAUCAACCAUUCUUCAGUGGCCAUCAGAAAUGUUAAUUUACACAAACACAGAGCCAGUCAUUUCAUACAGUUGUAAUCCAUUAUGUUUUGACUUUAGGUCAUCAAGAUCGAAUGAAUGCCUCGAGAAAAAUAAACCUCAAUCAAACCAUGAUUUGAGUUUAGACUGUCCAGAUAAAUCUCUUUUAGCAAAUGUUGACUGUGCAUCUCACAUUAACACACAUCCAUACAAUGAUGAAAAAUUAACUACGACGGAUGCUUCAGUGGCAGAGGAUUGUAGCCUCAAUAAAAAACAAGAUGGCCUAAGCCUAGAUACUUUGUGGAUGAUUGGAGAAAAUGAAAAAUGUCAUAAUUCCCCAAAAUGUAUACAUGAAAGCUCAUCAGAACAGCAAAACAAAGCCUGGAUAAAAAGAACACAUGAAAAGUGGUUUCACAAAAACAGGAAGAGGAAAAGAAGAAGAAAGCUAUGCCACCACCAUUAUGAGGAGGAAAUUACUGAGGCAGAUAUUAAAAUUUCUCCCUUACUCGAACAGCAAAAUAACUGUGCUGAUGUUGAUAAACAUCCAAAACUUCAUAAUGCUCUGGAACAAGACACUGGUGAAAAUGGAAUGGGAGAUUCAGUUGUGGAACUCUUUCAGCAGACAUCUGAAACUUUCCAGGUUGAUAACAGUGACUGUGGUGGAACAUCCACACAGGUCCAUGGAAACCAAAGUCUACAUCCCACUUGCAACAUAAAAGACAAUAGGGAAUUCUACAUUAACUCUAACCAAGUGUGGAGAAGGAGUAAAUCAAUUUCUCACAGACAAUCAAAUAAACCAGGUUCAAGUUCUGGAAGAUGCAACUCAGUUCAUUCUGGAGCAUUUUGUAGUUGGAGAAUCAGAAGAUGUAGCAGUAGCCCAGACCAUAAACAUUUAGACCAUUUUCCUGAAGAAAAAUGUGUGAAUCAAUCACAGCCCACGAAGAGAGCCUAUCAUUCGCUCACAGAAGAGCCAGAGAGGUCCCAUAGGAAACGGAAACAUCAUAUGUAUUCUUGUUCAUCAGAUGAAAGUUCAAAUGCACUGACCUGUUCCUCAGAAGAGAAUCUGAGGCAAACAUGUAACUUAGCAGCACCUUGUAAACCUAAACGGAAACGAAGGAGAAAGAGAGCAAGAACUCAACAUGCAUUUAGAGAGAGGGCACCAAGAAGGAAUGUCAUUGUUGAGUCUCCUAAAAGGGUAUGCACAAUCAAUAAUUCCCUCAAACUAUUUACUGAAGAAAACACAGAGCAAACGAAAAUAUCUUCCAUCACAGAUGAUGCAAAUGGUAAUAUGGAACAAACAAUCCAGUCAGUAGAAAGUCAAACACCUCCACAAUCUGAACAUUUACUUUCAUUAGAAAAUAUCAAAGGUUCAAACUCUUCCAGUACAGAGAAAACUACCUCUCUGGAGGAAUCUACAUUUUCUUCUUCUUCUGUUACCGAACACAGUGUUCAGCCAAUGGUGAAACCCCAAAACAUGCUAGAAGAAGGAGAAAAACCUGAAAUGCAAGCUCCUAAUAAAGUGCCCAGUCUUGAAAGAAACUUUGAUCAGCCUCCUCCUAAAGCAUAUCUGUGUCAUUAUGAAGUGGCUGAGGCUAUGCCCCAAGAGAAACUCAACCCAUCAGUCAACGAGUGGCUACGGUAUAACCCAGGUAUAUUUAAUGCACCGCCCCCUUUGCCCUUUAAAGAAGCACAUAUGAACAGUCACACUUUUUUAACCACAGAGCAAAUUCUUGCCCCCUUCACUUUGCCCGAACACACAUUGCUUUUGCCUCCCGAAAGCCACGACAAGUUCAAAGAUCUGCAAUGCGAGGCCUACCACCAGAUCUUCCAGCAAAACAUGCUCGCCAGUAAGAUGAAGCUGACCUUUCCUCCAGCUGCAGUCCAAGCUUCCAAUGCCCCUCUGCAGCCCUUGCCUUUGCAGCAGCCUCUGUGCUCUACCUCGGUCACUACAAUCCACCACACGGUUUUGCAACAGCAUGCAGCAGCAGCCGCUGCAGCUGCAGCUGCAGCAGCAAGUACAUUUAAGGUCCUUCAGCCUCACCAACAGUUUCUUUCCCAAGUCCCAGCUCUUUCACGGACACCUUUACCUCAUCUGUCAGUCGGGCCAAGACUUUGCCCUGCAAGUCACACAGCCAUCGUUGGCCCACCCCAACUGCCCCUCAUUCCAGCUUCAGUUCUCCACCCAAGCCAUUUGGCAUUUCCCCCAUUGCCCCACACACUGUUCCCCUCACUCCUGUCACCACAUCCUGCAGUCAUUCCUUUGCAACCACUAUUCUAG